GCUGAAAGUUCCCCCGGACUGACUGGCACACUGACUGGCUCAAUGAUGGAAUUACAAACGUUACAGGAGGCCCUGAAAGUGGAAAUACAAGUCCAUCAGGUAGGAGGAAAACAUCCCUAGGUGUUCCGUUGUUUUGUUCUGUUCAUCCGCUCAGUGUUCAGGCUCUUUGUUACGCCUGCAAAUGAUGACAAAGUACUCUAAUCAACUGGGCUAACUGUCAAAAGUUCAGUCACAGCUAUUAUGACGAGUGCUAUCAAAUAAAGUAAACAUGUAUUUUUAGCAGGUGUUAUGGUGGGUGCAGCGAAAUUCUUAUGUUCCUAGUUCCUAUCAAUCAAUGCAGUAAAUGUCCAACAAGCACACAAUAAUGAAAAAUAAAAAAUGAUACAAAUGUUGUACAGCAGUAGAUAUAUAAAUAGUAUGUAAACAUUAUUAAAGUGACCAGUGUUCAAUGACUAUGUACAUAGACAUUUACAUUUACAUUUUAGUCAUUUAGCAGACGCUCCUAUCCAGAGCGACUUACAGUUAGUGAAUAUUUUUUUUAUUUUUUUUAUACUGGCCCCCCGUGGGAAUCGAACCCACAACCCUGGCGUUGCAAACACCAUGCUCUAUCAACUGAGCUACAUCCCUAAGGUGCAGGGUAGGUGCAGGGUAGGGUGCAGGGUAGGGUGCAGGGUAGGUGCAGGGUAGAGUAGCCGGCUAGUUUUGUCUGUUUAACAGUCUGAUGGCCUAGGGAUAGAAGCUGUUUAUGUACUGUCUUCGCCUUCUAGAUGGUAGUGGGGUGAACAGUCCUUGAUGAUCUUCUUGACCUUCCUGUGACACCGGGUGCUGUAGAUGUCCUGGAGGGCAGGCAGUGUGCCCCCGAUGGUGCGUUGGGCAGCCCUGCGGUUGCAGACAGAGCAAUUGCUGUACUAGGUGGUGAUACAGCCCAACAGUUCUGUAGAACUGGGCCAAGCCACAUUUCUUCAGCCUCCUGAACUUGGAGGCGCUGUUGCUCCUUCUUCACCACACUUUGUGUGAAUGGACCAUUUCAAGUCUUCAGUGAUGUGCACGCAGAUGAACUUGAAGCUUUUGACCCUCUCCACUGCGGCCCCGUCGAUGUGGAUGGGGGCGUGCUCUCUCUGCUGUCUCCUGUAGUCCACGAUCAGAUCCUUUGUUUUGUUGACGAUGAGGGUGAGGUUAUUUUCCUGGCACCACUCCGCCAAGGCACUCACCUCAUCCCUGUAGGCUGUCUCGUCGUUGUUUGUGAUCAGGCCUUCCACUGUUGCGUCGUCAGCAAACUUGAUGACUUGAGUUGGAGACGUGCGUGGCCACGCAGUCAUGGGUGAACAGGGAGUACUGAGCGCUCACCCUUGUGGGCCCCCGUGUUGAGGAUCAGCGUGGCGAAGGUAUUGUUGUCUACCUUCACCAACUGGGGUCUGCCCGUCGGGAAGUCCAGGACCCAGUUGGACAGGGAGGUGUUCAGACCCAGGGCCCUGAGCUUAGUAAUGAGCUUGGAGGGCACUAUGGUGUUGAAGGCUGAGCUGUAGUCAAUGAACAGCAUUCUUACAUAGGUAUUCCUCUUGUCCAAGUGGGAAUAGGGCAGUGUGCAGUGCAAUGGCGAUUGCGUCGUCCGUGAAUCUGUGGGGGCGGUAUGCAAAUUGUAGUGGGUCUAGGGUGUAGGGUAAGGUGGAGAUUAUAUGAUUCUUAACUAUCCUCUCAAAGCACUUCAUGAUGACAGGAGUGAGUGCUACGAGGCGAUAGUCAUUUAGUUUGGUUAUCUUUGCUUUCUUGUGUACAGGAACGAUUGUGGACGUCUUGAAGCAAGUGGGGACAACAGAAUGGAAUAGUGAGAAAUUGCCAACUGGUCUGGGCAAGCUCUGAGGACACUGCUUGGGAUGUAGUCUGGGCCGGUAGCCUUGCGAGGGUUAACUUGCUUAAAUGUCUUACUUGCAUCGGCCAGACUACCACGGAGCGGCGGGGGUCCACAUCGGCGGCUCGGUGUUGUUUUCCUCGAAGCUGCGAAGCAGGUGUUUAGCUUGUCUGGAAGCGAGGCGUGGUGUCCACGACGUGGAUGGCUUUCCCGUUAUAAUCCAUGAUUGUCUGGAGUCGCUGCCACAUGCGUCUCGUCUGAGCUGUUGAAUUACGACUCCACUUUGUCUCUGUACUGACGUUCUGCCUCUUUGAUUGCCUUACGGAGGUCAUAGUUGGUCUGUUUGUAAAAGUCAAUGUUCCCAGUCACUUUGCGGUGGUUUGCAUUUUCAGUUUUGCGUGAAUGCUAUUAUCUAUCCACGGUUUCUGAAAUGGUUACCUUUUCAUCAUCACAGUAGGAUCAACUUCCGCUAUGCACUUCCUGAUGAACCCAGUCACCGAGUCAGUGUACAGUGAGGGAAAAAAGUAUUUGAUCCCCUGCUGAUUUUGUACGUUUGCCCACUGGCAAAGAAAUGAUCAGUCUAUAAUUUUAAUGGAAGGUUUAUUUGAACAGUGAGAGACAGAAUAACAACAACAAAAUCCAGAAAAACACAUGUCAAAAAUGUUAUAAAUUGAUUUGCAUUUUAUUGAGGGAAAUAAGUAUUUGACCCCCUCAUAAUCAGAAAGAUUUCUGGUUCCCAGGUGUCUUUAUACAGGUAACGAGCAGAGAUUAGGAGCACACUCAUAAAGGGAGUGCUCCUAAUCUCAGUUUGUUACCUGUAUAAAAGACACCUGUCCACAGAAGCAAUCAAUCAAUCAGAUUCCACCAUGGCCAAGACCAAAGAGCUCUCCAAAGAUGUCAGGGACAAGAUUGUAGACCUACACAAGGUUGGAAUGGGCUACAAGACCAUCGCCAAGCAGCUUGGUGAGAAGGUGACAACAGUUGGUGCGAUUAUUCGCAAAUGAAAGAAACACAAAAUAACUGUCAAUCUCCCUCGGCCUGGGGCUCCAUGCAAGAUCUCACCUCGUGGAGUUGCAAUAAUCAUGAACACGGUGAGGAAUCAGCCCAGAACUGCACGGGAGGAUCUUGUCAAUGAUCUCAAGGCAGCUGGGACCAUAGUCACCAAGAAAACAAUUGGUAACACACUACGCCGUGAAGGACUGAAAUCCUGCAGCGCCCGCAAGGUCCCCCUGCUCAAGAAAGCACAUAUACAGGCCCGUCUGAAGUUUGCCAAUGAACAUCUGAAUGAUUCAGAGGAUAACUGGGUGAAAGUGUUGUGGUCAGAUGAGACCAAAAUGGAGCUCUUUGGCAUCAACUCAACUCGCCGUGUUUGGAGGAGGAGGAAUGCUGCCUAUGACCCCAAGAACACCAUCCCCACCGUCAAACAUAGUGGUGGAAACAUUAUCCUUUUGGGGUGUUUUUCUGCUAAGGGGACAGGGCAACUUCACCGCAUCAAAGGGACGAUGGACGGGGCCUGAAGGUUCGAGUUGCCAAAUGUCAGCCUCGAAACCUUAAUGACUUGGAGAAGAUCUGCAAAGAGGAGUGGGACAAAAUCCCUCCUGAGAUGUGUGCAAAACCUGGUGGCCAACUACAAGAAACGUCUGACCUCUGUGAUUGCCAACAAGGGUUUUGCCACCAAGUACUAAGUCAUGUUUUGCAGAGGGGUCAAAUACUUAUUUCCCUCAUUAAAAUGCAAAUCAAUUUAUAACAUGUUUGACAUGUUUUUCUGGAUUCAUUUGUUGUUAUUCUGUCUCUCACUGUUCAAAUAAACCUACCAUUAAAAUUAUAGACUGAUAUCUUUGUCAGUGGGCAAACAUACAAAAUCAGCAGGGGAUCAAAUACUUUUUUCCCUCACUGUAUAAGUUUGAGAAGAUCCACUGAAGACCAUUGCAUUAUGGGGUGAAUCCAAAUUUCCACUUAAGUAGAAUUUUUACUUUCGUUUCCGAAUGACGUCAAUGAACGACUAGGUACAAAUUCAAAUUAGGGGCGAAUCCUAACUUCCACUUACAGUGCAUUCGGGAAAGUAUAAAAUGUAUUAAAUAAAAGUAAAUCCUCAUCAAUCUACACAUAAUGACAAAGCGAAAACAGGUUUUUAGAUUUUUUUUGCAGGUAGGGGAGGGUUUGGCCGGCAGAGAUGGCGUUUGCAAUGCCAGGGUUGUGGGUUCGAUUCCCAUGGGGGGCCGGUAUGAAAAAAAUAAAAAUAAAAAUAAUUAAUGUAUGCACUCACUAACUGUAAGUCGCUCUGGAUAAGAGCGUCUGCUAAAUGACUAAAAUGUCAAAUGUAAAUGUUAUGCUGAGACUGAAUGACGGCCACUGUCACAAUUAGGUAUGGAGACCCAUGGGGUGAUGCACAAUUGGCCCAGCGUCGUCCAGGGUAGGGGAGGGAAUGGCCGGCAGGGGAUGUAGCUCAGUUGGUAGAGCAUGGCGUUUGCAACGCCAGGGUUGUGGGUUCGAUAAAAUAAUGUAUGUGCUAACUGUAAGUCGCUCUGGAUAAGAGCGUCUGCUAAAUGACUAAAAUGUAAAUGUAAAUGUAUGGGACAGGUGCACUGGAUUCAAUACAGUUGAAUGUUUUGCCUGUAGGUGUCACUGUCUACAGGCUGUAGUAGAGUCUUGUGUAAUGUCCCUGAAUACAUUUGUUAUCCUACCCACAUUUAUCCUUAUCUUUUUCUUCUACAGAACCUGGUCACCCAGAUGAAACAGGACCCACAGGUAAAGACAAUUUAGGUUAAUAAUUGUUUGGUUUUGUUUGUUUUCAGUAGACUGAUGGUGCCGAUAGAUGGCGCCGAUAGACAUUGCAGCUCUGUUUCUAGCUCCUAAGCAACUUUGCACUAUUGAACAAAAAAAAACAUGUUAUUUCUUACAUUAUUAGCCCAGAACGUUUUUUUGCGUUAUUACAUACAGCCGGAAAUAACUUUUGGAUAUCAGAGCGGCGGUAACUCGCCAGCAUUCCGACCAGAAAUACGACUUUCCCGAAUUGGAUCCUUUGUUCGUACCCCCUAGGGCAAUUGAACUUAUCACCAAGGCUGCUCCAAGACGCCGCCGGCAGAGAAGAGGUAUUCGGAAUGGACUUCUAUUCCGACUCAUAAUGCGAGCCCACCAUCCACCGCUUCCGAUUAUAUUACUUUCUAAUGUUCAUUUCCUGGACAAUAAAGUAGACAAGCUCAGGGCGAGGAUCUCCUUCCAGAGAGACAUCAGGUACUGUAACAUACUCGGUUUCACGGAAUCAUGGCUCUCUCCGGAUAUACUGUCCCCAUCCAUACAGCAGCUGGGUUCUCAGUACAUAGUGCAGAUAAGAUUAAAGAACUCUCUGGGAAUAAGAAAGGCGGAGGUGUAUGUUUCAUGAUUAACCUUUUCACACGUACCAACAAACGGGUGUGAUCAUUCUACAGUGGUCCCUGCAGCGUACGCUUAAACCGGUGUGAUUAGAACGCUUAUUUAGAACGUCCAGUUUUGAUUGACGCAACAGUCAGCAUUUGAGCCAGCCACACUGUUUUUUCACAAACAUUUUGCACAAACACAGUCCUUACAAAGUUAUGUCCUGAAUGUGACCAGUUUAUUUUUGGAUGCAAUGUUCAGACAUUCACAGAAGUAGCGACAGCAUACGCAAUCAUCCAAACCGGAAAAUGUAGGCUACAUUAGUCCUAGCGCUAACUGAGGAAAGAUUGACGUAACACAAGCAGUCAUAUUUAGAGAACUCUCGGCUGAUAAAAACCACAAUAUGAAUUAGCUAAUAGCAAUUACUAUUUAUAAGUCAUCACAUCACGGGUGAGCUCAACAUUGAUCGAAAUAAUUGAGUAAAACACUUUCUAGAAAUCGAAAGUAAUCCGGUGAUGGGUAGUUUGUGCGCGCCACCAUAUUUGUUUUUCCACGUCAACCAAAGAUAAUAAGAGGAGACGAUGAGUUUGGUCUGUUUGCAGUAUGCAUGUUGAAGGGGGUGUGUCGUCUACGAUCAUUCACUUUCCUUCAUUCUCUUCCGGAAGUUUACUUGAAAGAUGAGUGAACCAUUCCUUCACCUCAUUUAUAACAUCUUUGGUCUGACAGUACUUGAAAACGUGAAUAAAACUGUAAAUACAUUAUGCUCCAUACAUACAUACAUACUUUAUGCUACAGUAGAAACGACUAUACGAUAUACAGAAAAUAAGGCACUUUGAUAGGAUUGCACACAUGUCCAAAGUUAUUAUUUGUAAGGAAAACAACAAUGCAAGCGCCAGCCAGAAAAUGUGCGUGCAAGACUGCGCAAAUGUCUGCAUACUUUUUUUUUUUUUAGUGGUAGAUCAGCUUUAAUAUUGCAGAUAGAUUGUAACGUCCAUCAAUGUAAUUGUCUGCAUCACAUCCAAUCCCCCAUAUGUUUUUUUUCUUGCAAAUAUAUACACUACCAUUCAAAAGUUUGGGGUCACUUGAAAUGUCCUUGUUUUCGAAAGAAAAGCAAUUUUUUUGUCCAUUAAAAUAACAUCAAAAAUACAAUGUAGACAUUGUUAAUGUAAAUGGCAAUUGUAGCUGCAAAUGGCUGAUGUUUAAUGGAAUAUCUACGUAGGCGUACAGAAGCCCAUGAUCAGCAACCAUCAGUCCUGUGUUCCAAUGUCACGUUGUGUUUGCUAAUCCAAUUUUAUCAUUUAAAAAGGCUAAUUGAGCAUUAGAAAACCCUUUUGCAAUUAUGUUAGCAGAGCUGAAAACUGUUGUGCUGAUUAAAGAAGCAAUAAAACGGGCCUUCUUGAGACUUGUUGAGUAUCUGGAGCAUCAGCAAUUGUGGGUUCGAUUACAGGAUCAAAAUGGCCAGAAACCAAUAACUUUCUUCUGAAACUCGUCAGUCUAGUCUUGAUCUGAGAAAUGAAGGCUAUUCCAUGUGAGAAAUUGCCAAAAAACUGAAGAUCUCGUACAACGCUGUGGACUACUCCCUUCACAGAACAGCGCAAACUGGCUCUAACCAGAAUAGAAAGAGGAGUGGGAGGCCCCGGUGCACAACUGAGCAAGAGGACAAAUACAUUAGUGUCUAGUUUGAGAAACAGGCGCCUCACAGUUCCUCAACUGGCAGCUUCAUUAAAUAGUACCUGCAAAACACCAGUCUCAACGUCAAAGGUGAAGAGGCGACUCCGGGAUGCUGACCUAGGCAGAGUUGCAAAGAAAAAGCCAUAUCUCAGACUGGCCAAUAAAAAUAAAAUAUUAAUAUGGGCAAAAGAACACAGACACUGGACAGAGGAAGUGUUAUGGACAGACAAAUCAAAGUUUGAGGUGUUCGGAUCACAAAGACGAACAUUUGUGAGACGCAGACCAAAUGAAAAGCUGCUGGAGGAGUGCUUGAUGCCAUCUGUCAAGCAUGUUGGAGGCAAUGUGAUGGUCUGGGGGUGCUUUGGUGGUGGUAUAGUGGGAGAUUUGUACAGGGUAAAAGGGAUCUUGAAGGAAGGCUAUCACUCCAUUUUGCACGCCAUGCCAUACCCUGUGGACGGCGCUCGAUUGGAGCCAAUUUCCUCCUACAAUUGGACAAUGACCCAAAGCACAGCUUCAAACUACGCAAUAACUAUUUAGGGAAGAAGCAGUGAGCUGGUAUUCUCUCUAUAAUGGAGUGGCCAGCACAGUCACCGGAUCUCAACCUUACUGAGCUGUUGUGGGAGCAUCUUGACUGUAUGGUACGUAAGAAGUGUCCAUCAAGCCAAUCCAACUUGUGGGAGGUGCUUCAGGAAGCAUGAGUUGAAAUCUCUUCAGAAUACCUAAACAAAUUGACAACUAGAAUGCCAAAGGUCUGCAAGGCUAUAAUUGCUGCAAAUGGAGGAUUCUUUGACGAAAUCAAAGUUUGAAGGACACAAUUAUUAUUUCAAUUAAAAAUCAUUAUUUCUAACCUUGUCAAUGACUACAUUUCCUAUUAAUUAUGCUAUAUUUCCUAUUCAAACUCAUUUCAUAUAUGUUUUCAUGGAAAACAAGGACAUUUGUAAGUGACCCCAAACUUUUGUGUGUGUAUAUAUACAGUUGAAGUCGGAAGUUUACAUACACUUAGUCAUUAAAACUUGUUUUUCAACCACUCCACAAAUUUCUUGUUAACGAACUAUCGUUUUGGCAAGUCGGUGAGAACAUCUACUUUGUGCAUGACACAAGUAAUUUUUCCAACAAUUGUUUACAGACAGAUUAUUUCACUUUAUAAUUCACUGUAUCACAAUUCCAGUGGGUCACAAGUUUACAUACACUAAGUUGACUGUGCCUUUAAACAGCUUGGAAAAUUCCAGAAAAUGAUGUCAUGGCUUUAGAAGCUUCUGAUAGGCUAAUUGACAUUAUUUGAUUCAAUUGGAGGUAUAUACAGUGGGGAGAACAAGUAUUUGAUACACUGCCGAUUUUGCAGGUUUUCAUACUUACAAAGCAUGUAGAGGUCUGUAAUUUUUAUCAUAGGUACAUUUACAUUUACAUUUACAUUUUAGUCAUUUAGCAGACGCUCUUAUCCAGAGCGACUUACAGGGGCAAUUAGGGUUAAGUGCCUUGCUCAAGGGCACAUUUACGUCAUUUAGCAGACGCUCUUAUCCAGAGCGACUCACCAAUUGGUGCGUUCACCCUAUAGCCAGUGGGAUAACCACUUUACAAUUUUUUGGGGGGGGUAGAAGGAUUACUUUAUCCUAUCCCAGGUAUUCCUUAAAGAGGUGGGGUUUCAAAUGUCUCCGGAAGGUGGUGAGUGACUCCGCUGUCCUGGCGUCGUGAGGGAGCUUGUUCCCUAAGGUACACUUCAACUGUGAGAGACGGAAUCUAAAACAAAAAUCCAGAAAAUCACAUUGUAUGAUUUUAAUUUGCAUUUUAUUGCAUGACAUAAGUAUUUGAUACAUCAGAAAAGCAGAACUUAAUAUUUGGUACAGAAACCUUUGUUUGCAAUUACAGAGAUCAUACGUUUCCUGUAGGUCUUGACCAGGUUUGCACACACUGCAGCAGGGAUUUUGGCCCACUCCUCCAUACAGACCUUCUCCAGAUCCUUCAGGUUUCGGGGCUGUCGCUGGGCAAUACGGACUUUCAGCUCCCUCCAAAGAUUUUCUAUUGGGUUCAGGUCUGGAGACUGGCUAGACCACUCCAGGACAUUAAUGUGCUUCUUACGGAGCCACUCCUUAGUUGCCCUGGCUGUGUGUUUCGGGUCGUUGUCAUGCUGGAAGACCCAGCCACGACCCAUCUUCAAUGCUCUUACUGAGGGAAGGAGGUUGUUGGCCAAUACAUGGCCCCAUCCAUCCUCCCCUCAAUACGGUGCAGUCGUCCUGUCCCCUUUGCAGAAAAGCAUCCCCAAAGAAUGAUGUUUCCACCUCCAUGCUUCACGGUUGGGAUGGUGUUCUUGGGGUUGUACUCAUCCUUCUUCUUCCUCCAAACACGGCGAGUGGAGUUUAGACCGAAAAGCUCUAUUUUUGUCUCAUCAGACCACAUUACCUUCUCCCAUUCCUCCUCUGGAUCAUCCAGAUGGUCAUUGGCAAACUUCAGAUGGGCCUGGACAUGCGCUGGCUUGAGCAGGGGGACCUUGCGUGCGCUGCAGGAUUUUAAUCCAUGACGGCGUAGUGUGUUACUAAUGUUUUUCUUUGAGACUGUGGUCCCAGCUCUCUUCAGGUCAUUGACCAAGUCCUGCCAUGUAGUUCUGGGCUGAACCCUCACCUUCCUCAUGAUCAUUGAUGCCCCACGAGGUGAGAUCUUGCAUGGAGCCCCAGACCGAGAGUGAUUGACCGUCAUCUUGAACUUCUUCCAUUUUCUAAUAAUUGCGCCAACAGUUGUUGCCUUCUCACCAAGCUGCUUGCCUAUUGUCCUGUAGCCCAUCCCAGCCUUGUGCAGGUCUACAAUUUUAUCCCUGAUGUCCUUACACAGCUCUCUGGUCUUGGCCAUUGUGGAGAGGUUGGAGUCUGUUUGAUUGAGUGUGUGGACAGGUGUCUUUUAUACAGGUAACGAGUUCAAACAGGUGCAGUUAAUACAGGUAAUGAGUGGAGAACAGGAGGGCUUCUUAAAGAAAAACUAACAGGUCUGUGAGAGCCGGAAUUCUUACUGGUUGGUAGGUGAUCAAAUACUUAUGUCAUGCAAUAAAAUGCAAAUUAAUUACUUAAAAAUCAUACAAUGUGAUUUUCUGGAUUUUUGUUUUAGAUUCCUCUCACAGUUGAAGUGUACCUUUGAUUAAAAAUUACAGACCUCUACAUGCUUUGUAAGUAGGAAAACCUGCAAAAUCGGCAGUGUAUCAAAUACUUGUUCUCCCCACUGUAUGUAUGUAUGUGUGUGUGUGUGUGUGUGUGUGUGUGUGUGUACAGUAUCUCACAAAAGUGAGUACACCUCUCACAUUUUUGUAAAUAUUUGAGUAUAUCUUUUCAUGUGACAACACUGAAGAAAUGACACUUUGCUACAAUUUAAAGUAGUGAGUGUACAGCUUGUAUAAAAAAAGUAAAUUUGCUGUCCCCUCAAAAUAACACAACACACAGCCAUUAAUGUCUAAACCGCUGGCAACAAAAGUGAGUACACCCCUAAGUGAAAAUAUCCAAAUUGGCCGAAAGUGUCAAUUUUGUGUGGCCACCAUAAUUUUCCAGCACUGCCUUAACCAUCUUGGGCAUGUAGUUCACCAGAGCUUCACAGGUUGCCACUGGAGUCCUCUUCCACUCCUCCUUGACGACAUCACAGAGCUGGUGGAUGUUAGAGACCUUGCACUCCUCCACCUUCCGUUUGAGGAUGCCCCACAGAUGCUCAAUAAUGUUUAGGUCUGGAGACAUGCUUGGCCAGUCCAUCACCUUUACCCUCAGCUUCUUUAGCAAGGCAGUGGUCGUCUUGGAGGUGUGUUUGGGGUCGUUAUCAUGUUGGAAUACUGCCCUGCGGCCCAGUCUCCGAAGGGAGGGGAUCAUGCUCUGCUUCAGUAUGUCACAGUACAUGUUGGCAUUCAUGGUUCCCUCAAUUAACUGUAGCUCCCCAGUGCCGGCAGCACUCGUGCAGACCAUGUCACUCCCACCACCAUGCUUGACUGUAGGCAAGACACAAUUGUCUUUUUACUCCUCACCUGGUUGCCGCCACACACGCUUGACACCAUCUGAACCAAAUAAGUUUAUCUUGGUCUCAUCAGACCACAGGACAUCCAUGUCCUUAGUCUGCUUGUCUUCAGCAAACUGUUUGCGGGCUUUCUUGUGCAUCAUCUUUAGAAGAGGCUUCCUUCUGGGACGACAGCCAUGCAGACCAAUUUGAUGCAGUGUGCGGCGUAUGGUCUGAGCACUGACAGGCUGACCCCCCACCCCUUCAACCUCUGCAGCAAUGCUGGCAGCACUCGUACGUCUAUUUCCCAAAGACAACCUCUGGAUAUGACGCUGAGCACGUGCACUCAACCUCUUUGGUCGACCAUGGCGAGGCCUGUUCUGAGUGGAACCUGUCCUGUUAAACCGCUGUAUGGUCUUGGCCACCGUGCUGCAGCUCAGUUUCAGGGUCUUGGCAAUCUUCUUAUAGCCCAGGCCAUCUUUAUGUAGAACAACAAUUCUUUUUUUCAGAUCCUCAGAGUUCUUUGCCAUGAGGUGCUAUGUUGAACUUCCAGUGACCAGUAUAAGGGAGAGUAUAUACACUCACAUAUAUACACACAUAUAUAUGUGUAUAUAUAUAUAUAUAUAUAUGUGUGUGUGUGUGUGUGUGUGUGUGUGUGUGUGUGUGUGUGUGUGUGUGUGUGUGUGUGUGUGUAUGUAUAUAUAUAUAUAUAGUGGGGGGAAAAAAGUAUUUAGUCAGCCACCAAUUGUGCAAGUUCUCCCACUUAAAAAGAUGAGAGGCCUGUAAUUUUCAUCAUAGGUACACGUCAACUAUGACAGACAAAAUGAGAAAAGAAAAUCCAGAAAAUCACAUUGUAGGAUUUUUGAUGAAUGUAUUUGCAAAUUAUGGUGCAAAAUAAGUAUUUGGUCAAUAACAAAAGUUUCUCAAUACUUUGUUAUAUACCCUUUGUUGGCAAUGACACAGGUCAAACGUUUUCUGUAAGUCUUCACAAGGUUUUCACACACUGUUGCUGGUAUUUUGGCCCAUUCCUCCAUGCAGAUCUCCUCUAGAGCAGUGAUGUUUUGGGGCUGUCGCUGGGCAACACGGACUUUCAACUCCCUCCAAAGAUUUUCUAUGGGGUUGAGAUCUGGAGACUGGCUAGGCCACUCCAGGACCUUGAAAUGCUUCUUACAAAGCCACUCCUUCGUUGCCCGGGCGGUGUGUUUGGGAUCAUUGUCAUGCUGAAAGACCCAGCCACGUUUCAUCUUCAAUGCCCUUGCUGAUGGAAGGAGGUUUUCACUCAAAAUCUCACGAUACAUGGCCCCAUUCAUUCUUUCCUUUACACGGCCAUGGUGGAGAGUUUGGAAUCUGAUUGAUUGAUUGCUUCUGUGGACAUGUGUCUUUUAUACAGGUAACAAGCUGAGAUUAGAAGCACUCCCUUUAAGAGUGUGCUCCUAAUCUCAGCUCGUUACCUGUAUAAAAGACACCUGGGAGCCAGAAAUCUUUCUGGUUGAGAGGGGGUCAAAUACUUAUUUACCUCAUUAAAAUGCAAUGACAUGCGUUUUUCUGGAUUUUGUUGUUGUUAUUCUGUCUCUCACUGUUCAAAUAAACCUACCAUUAAAAUUAUAGACUGAUCAUUUCUUUGUCAGUGGGCAAACGUACAAAAUCAGCACGGGAUCAAAUACUUUUUUCCCUCACUGUAACUCCAUGGUUACUACAUGAUUCCAUAUGUUAUUUCAUAGUUUUGAUGUCUUCACUAUUAUUCUACAUUGUAAAAAAUAGUACAAAUAAAUAAAAACCCUUGAAUGAGUAGGUGUUAUAUAGUAGUGUAUAUAUUUACACACACACACACAGUAUUUAUACUCCGGGACUCCGACAAUGCUCGUCCUAAAUUAUAUUUCUUAAUUCCAUUAUUGUACUUUUAGAUUUGUUUGUAUUGUUGUGAAUUGUUACAUAUUACUACACUGUUGGAGCUAGGAAGACAAGCAUUUCGCUACACCCGCAAUAGCAUCUGCUAAACACGUGUAGGCGACCAAUAAAAUUUGAUUCUAAAUGUUUCCACAAAAUUUUAAGAGACUCAAGCUCCAAAUGGCGUUUUGACACCUGGAUAGUUUGAUAAAAUAAUUUUUCUUACUGAUUCAGUUCAUUUGGAGAUGUAUGUGAAUGUGAAACAUCAGGGUGGGAGACAAAGAUAUUCCAAUUUGAAAUAAAGUUGUUUUGGUUAAAUUAACCAAACUGCUUUUUCAAGUGAACCUGGAUGUAAAUUAUUGGAACUUGGUAUGAAAUUGCCCUAAAAAGAGCUGUGCCUUCCUUUGCAGAAUGCUGAUCUGAAGAAGCAGCUCCACGAACUUCAGGCAAAGAUCACAGCGCUUAGCGAGAAGCAGGUAUUUCAGGACACUAUGCUGACACAACACAAGGCUAUCCCAGGUUGCUCUAUAUGAGAGCAAACACACCAAUACUUAUGUGCAUUUGAAACACAGGAUGUUUACAAAUAAAAUGUGUAACUUGUUGGUCAUUUUAGACAGACUCAUUUGUUUCUUUAAACAUUAUAUUCGAAGAUACACACAAAUGAAUCAUGUAUGUUUAAAUGUUAACAGUUUCUUGUGAGGCUUUUUAAAUUUGAAUGAGUAAUUUGUCACUCCCUCUGUGCAGAGCCGUGUACAUGUGCAAGUGAACACGGAAUAGACACACACACAUACUGUUUACACGUCUAAUGUCUUUUGAUGGAUGCUUUGAGGCAGAAUUGAAAGCACAUUAUUAUUAUUUUUUAUGUGCAUUCUCUUCCCAACGUGCUCUCUCUGUCAGCAUUAUUCUGCCCACUGUGAGACUCACCCAGUGUGACUUCGACAACGACUUGUUUUCCUGCUGCUUUCUCUAGCCUGUCAAGGGAGCUGACUAAUCAAUGUGGUUUGUGACACACCGACUGUGAUCAUGUUCUCUGGAACAAAUCAAAGAACCUGGGAUAUAUUCCAAGAUAUUGAGUGGUGGCUCUUUUGGUUAAAGGGAUACUUCGGGAUCUACUUCCCCAGAGUCAGAUUAACUUGUAGAUACCAGUUUUAUGUCUCUGUGUCCAGUAUGAAGGAAGUUAAGAGGUAGUUGCACUAACUGGUGUUAGCGCAAUGGCUGGAAGUCUAUCAGAUACCCAUACACUUCCAGCCAUUGUGCUAACGCUAGUUAGCAUUGGCUUGCAGAAUUACCUCUAACGUCCUUCCUAUUGGACACAGACAUAAAAAUGAUAUCCACGAGUUCUUCUGACUCUGGGGAAGUAGAUAAAGGAUCUAAUUGCCAAAAUCACAAAGUAUCCCUUUAAAGAUGUGUUUAGUGUAGGGCUGUACCUGAAAAAAAAGAAGGUAUAUUGGUCGACCGAAAUCGAAGGUGUAUUUUUCCGUAUAUAGCCACACCCUAUGUGUUUUAAUAAAAUCAACUAUAUGCAUUGUGCUUGUUUGAUGCUUUAAGCACACUGUUUGAUGAAAUAAGACACAAAUGAUUCAAGAAGGAGCCAGAGAUCAAGAUAACCAGAAUAAAAAAAAUCCUAACCUGACCCGGCCAUCCUCCUGCUCCUGCUGGCUUUCUGCCGUUACACUCCUGAAGUUGCCGGUAAUAAGCUACACGAGUAGUCGGCAACCUUUUCUCAUGUGGAAUGCCAAUUUAUCUUACCAUUUCUACCGAUCUGCGUGCCAGUUAUGGUUUUUAUAUGCACAUUUUCAUGGAACAGUUUAAUUUAUAAUGACGUCUUCGUAUCUCAAAAUCAUUGUCAUGUGGUUAAUCAAAAUUCUAUCAAAAUCUAAAUGAAAAUGAUUAAAACCUAAAAAGUCACUUCAAUUGCCAUUGCCAUCUAUGUAAAAAUAUCUUACAUGAAGCCAACAAAUAAAAACAUUGCAGCCUGCAGGCAGAAAAUAUCCUGAUAAAAAUAAAUAUCCUAGAAAUCACAUUGGCUACGCAUGGCCUGUCUGCAACGAACUUGAAAUAUUGUAUCAACUUGUGUCUGGCCAGAAGCUGGAGCUAGCAAACUUGCAACAUUGUGUAAAACAUUCUGGGCCCUCAAUUCCCUGUGCCAGUGAGCUCAGGACAGACACAGCUGUAGGCUAUUUGUGCAAGGGAUGAGGUCAUCAGGUAUUUUAUGAUGUUUCCACUGGAUAAGAGCAUUACAUUUUUCCCUUUCACGCUGAGUGGUUAUCAAAAGGGAGUGAGCUGGAAAUAUUUUUCAAAUACAUUGAGGAACUAUUGUCAUUGUCAAUGCAUGUAAAAACAGACUUUGUUUGCUUGCUGUUUGAGGUGAAGAAAACGUUACUUUGAGAAGCUCCACAGUGGUGGUGCGUUAAGCCAAUCAGAAAUACUAUCAGAUCCCCAAAUGGGCACAUUUACAGUGCCUUCGGAAAGUAUUCAAACCCCUUGACUUUUUCCACAUUUUGUUACGUUACAGCCUUAUUCUAAAAUGGAUUAAAUUAUAUCCUCAGCAAUCUACACACAAUACCCCAUAAUGACGAAGCUAAAACAGGUUUUCAGAAUUUUUUGCAAAUGUAUUACAAAUAAAAAACAAAAGUACCUUAUUUACAUAAGUAUUCAGACCCUUUCCUAUGAGACUCGAAAUUGAGCUCCGGUGUAUCCUGUUUCCAUUGAUCAUCCUUCAGAUAUUUCUACAGCUUGAUUGGAGUCCACCUGUGGUAAAUUCAAUUGAUUGGACAUGAUUUGGAAAGGCACACAGGUCCCACAGUUGACAGUGUAUGUCAGAGAAAAAACCAAGCCAUGAGGUUGAAGGAAUUGUCCGUAGAGAUCCGAGGUUGUGUCGAGGCACAGAUAUGGGGAAGGGAACCAAAACAUUUCUGCAGCAUUGAAGGUCCCCAAGAACACAGUGGCCUCCAUCAUUCUGAAAUGGAAGAAGUUUGGAACCACCAAAACUCUUCCUAGAGCUGGCCGCCCGGCCAAACAGAGCAAUCAGGGGAGAAGGGCCUAAGUCAGGGAGGUGACCAAGAACCAGAUGGUCACUCUGACAGAGCUGUAGAGUUCCUCUGUGGAGAUGAGAGAACCUUCCAGAAGGACAACCAUCUCUGCAGCACUCCACCAAACAGGCCUUUAUGGUAGAGUGGCAAGACUGAAGCCACUCCUCAGUAAAAGGCACAUGACAGCCUGCUUGGAGAUUGCCAAAAGGCCAGACCAUGAAAAAACAAGAUUCUCUGGUCUGAUGAAACCAAGAUUGAACUCUUUUGGCCUGAAUGCCAAGUGUACUUAUUUCAUACUUGCCUGUUCCUCUGCUCCACAGUCUCUACCCCUCCUCAGAGCAGGUCUAAUUCCCUGUCGGGAAGAUCAUUUCGUGUCAGUGUAGUAGCGGAAUUAGCUAUUGAAAUGACUUGGCAUUGCUGCGGAUGCUAAUUUGGUAUUUUGCUGUUGUGAAAACUGCAGUUGUUGUCAAAGCGAAAGGUCAGAGCCCCCGGCCUCGAAUUUAAGUCACAAAAGUCGGUUUGAUCUUAAAGCCAAGGAACCAUCGUCAAAUUUCGGUGUUCUCAACAUGAAUUAAUCGACUGUUUCAACGUGGAACAAGGAAAGUGAUUGAUUUGACGUCCAAUUGUUAGCAAAUGUUAAUAUAAGAGACUUUUGUGUAGUUACCAUAAUACGUUGUGAAUCACUGGUGGGGUCAUGGCUAAAAAAGGCUACAGAACAUUUUAAAGGGAACAGUGACACUAAACUCAAUUGGAGUUUUAUUUGAUGUGCUUUCCUUCAUCUAGUUCCACCUCCCUUCAUCCCCUCUUCUCUCCCCAUCCUCUACACCCCUCCCUCUCUUGCCCUCUUCUCAUUCCCCAUGCUCUUCACUGCUCCUUUCCCCUCUUUGACUCCCCCUCUUUCUCUCCCCCUCUUCCUUCUGUCCUCCAGAAAAAGGUGGUGGAGCAGCUGAGGAAGGACCUGCUGGUGAAACAGGAGCCAGAGGUGACGGUGCAUGUGCCGGCUGCAGACAAACACGUCCUCCAGAUCCCCUCCUCCGCCACUCUGCAGGCCCUGCAGCAGACCACACACACCCAGGCCCUGCAGCAGACCACACACACCCAGGCCCUGCAGCAGGUAGCCACACAAGUCCACAGACACUGUCGACCUUAGCUCAUCUCAGCUGCUUGUUAUGUUGCACAAAGGCUUGUUGUGUCAUAACUUUGCAGUAGCCUACAAAAAGUUUACAAAAUACCUGAAACUUUCCUAGGUUUUUCAGAAAUCCCAUUUGGAUGAUUCCCAGUUGGAUAACUUAUUCUCUCCUGCUUAUUCCCUGCUGAUUCAAGGAAUCCUCCAACCGGGAUUUCAGGAAAACCUGGGCAGUUUGGGAAAGUUUCUGGAAUUUUGCAACCCUAGCCUGCCCUGACAAGCUCCAAACCUGUCAGUGUUCACAAUCUUAUACUACUAUAAUGAUAGAGAGUGAAGAAUCGCGCUAAGAAAAGGGAAGACUCCCUCCAUCCUCCGGGGAAUGGUUUAAUAAAGGUAGCCCUAGUAGUGACUCACUAUGCUUCACAUUAGUUCAUAUUUGUUGGAUCUAGCAUUAUUAUACUCCCUUUUUCGACCCCAUCUCAUUUCUCUCCUAUGUCUCUCUGCAUUCUGAUUUAUCAACUAUUUAUUUAUUUUUUAUUUCCUCCUCUCGCUGUCAGAAGACGCUGUCAGUCACCCCAGUCAUCACCACUAAGACUCUACCUUUAGUGCUGAAAGCUGCCACUCCCACAAUGCCUGCCUCUAUCGUGGCGCAGCGCGACGCCACAGUCACUGCCAUCAGCCACACCUCCAAGCCCGGCGUCAUCAACUCCGACAACUCCAACUCCCAGAACACACCUGUCAACUUCCAGGUGGCCAGCAAGUUGACCAAUCAGGGUUCAGAGUCCGUGCGACUGGUGUCAAAGAAUCCAGUUGUGGUAAGGGGCAUUCACUUCCUGGACAUUGUACAGUACUAUCAUUGUCAUCCUUUGUAGUUCAACUCUUUCAAACUCUUUCUCUUGUAACUGGUGGCAGUUUGGGGUCUUUCAAAUUAAGCAGUAAAUAUUCAACCAGUUUCUUUCUGUUUUACAAAGUCUCUUUAGAGUAAAGUGGGUUGAACAUAUUUUCUGUGUAGAUGUGUAUGGAAAUAUGCAUGGUCAAUUGAGAAUGCCUCUUAAUGAGGAGGUGCUUUGAGGCAGUGGUGGCACAAAAUCAUCUUUCUCUCUGUAAAACUACCUGCGGAAUUGAAAUAUUUUUUCAGCUCUAACUGUUGUCUACAGCUCCAGUAGAGAGAAUACACUAUUUGCUGUGGUUUUGUCUCCGGUGCAGGCCACCACUACCCCCACCUCAACACAGCCAAUCAAAGUUCCACAGUUUGUCCUUCCUCCUAGAAUGACGCCUAGACCCACAUUUCAUCCACAGGUGCGUGUGUCCCAGUAAGACCUGCCCCCUAACCCCCACCAAUCCAAUCCAAUCCAAUGUGUGAGUGGACACGAGGCAUUUCACUCAAUAGUCACUAGAGGGCGACAGUGUACACAAGGACACGAACCCAGUGCAGUCACAGUCUUUGCUCCAUGGCUCCAAGCUAUUGUUUGCAAGGUGCUGCUUUGUGCAUACCCUUUCCUCUAGUCUUCUUCUGUUUUCAGAAUGAUGUGUGCUCAUGUUGUUGCUUUUGUCUGUGUUAAUACCUUCCUUUGCAGCUGUUGUGUCUUUAUGGUGAAAACUCUUGUUGUCCAGGAGCUUCUGAAUGUUUUGUUUUGGCUGUCAGUGUGAUAACCUGUUUUUAACCCUGGGUAUGAACGUGUGAUUUAAUGCCCUGCUAUUGAGGUGUGUAAUGCCACUGGGAGCUCAGGGUCCCUCAACACUGGGCUCAUUCUUACAGUUAUACUUUAGGCAUUGCAGUCCACAGUAAGUCCAUCCAACCAGGGGGUUGAACAAAAACAUGAGGCGGGCUAUGGUGUAUUGAACUCAUAGGAAAGAACAAGGAGGCUCUACUCAAACAAGCCAUGUCGACUCAUGCAAAACAUUUCUGCUUGUAUGUUGUUGUUUUUUCUCACAACAACAAAAGGACAUGACAAAUACAGAGUAAUAUAAAACCAAACAACGAUAACAGACACACCAAAAACAAGAGAGAGAAAAAAUAAGAAUAAUAACACCAGUGCCCUUUACCACAUUAUAAACUGACUUCAGAUACAUUAAUUUCACCUUUUAAGGUCCAUUUGAUCAAGCAAUGAAGGGGCCCCAAGUAUAUUCAAAGUGGUCUAGUUUACCCAGAAGCGAGUAAGAAACGCUCUCAUAGCUAGCCAGCUGUGCCAUGGUACUGGCUCAUUCAUCAAAGGGAGGGGGAUAAUUUUCCUUUCAGUGCCUUAAGCGUAAAUGCUUAGCUGUUGUGAUGGCCAGGAUAAGCCAUCUCUUUUCAAAGGAAGUGAAAAUAUAGUCCUCAAGUUCAGUUGUUGAGCCCAACAUACAGUGCUGUGAAAAAGUAUUCGCCCCCUUUCUAAUUUUCUCUACUUUUGCAUAUUUGUGAUACUGAAUGUUAUCAGAUCUUCAACCAAAACCUAAUAUUAGAUAAAGUGAACAUAAGUGAACAAAUAACACAACAAUUACAUAUUUAUUUCAUAAACAAAGUUAUGCAACACCCAAUUCCCCUGUGUGAAAAAGUAAUUGCCCUCUUACACUCAAUAACUGGUUGUGCCACCUUUAGCUGCAAUGACUCCAACCAAAUGCUUCCUGUAGUUGUUGAUCAGUCUCUCACGUCGCUGUGGAGGAAUUUUGGCCCACUCUUCCAUGCAGAACUGCUUUAACUCAGUGACGUGUGGGUUUUCAAGCAUGAACUGCUCGAUGUUUUUACUGUGGAAUGCAGAGUUUGGUUUUCGCCAGACAAAAUGGGACCCAUCUCGUCCAAAACGUUGACUCAAGUUUGCCAAAAAGCACCUGGAUGAUCAUCAAGACUCUUGGAAGAACGUUCUAUGGACAGAUGAUUCAAAAGUAUAACUUUUUGGACGACAUGGUUCCAGUAAUGCCUGGCGAAAACCAAACACUGCAUUCCACAGUAAGAACAUCAUGCCAAAGGUCAAGCAUGGUGGUGGUGGUGUGAUGGUUUGGGGAUGCUUUGCUGCCUCAGGAACCAUGAAUUCUGCUCUGUAUCAGAGAAUUCUACAGGAGAAUGAAAGACCAUCCGUCUGUGAGCUGAAGCUGAAGUGCAGCUGGGUCAUGCAGCAAGACAAUGAUCCAAAACACACAAUCAAGUCUACAUGAAAAUUGCUAAAAAGCAACAAAUUGGAAGUUUUGGAAUGGCCUAGUCAAAGUCCAGACCUAAUCCCAAUUGAGAUGUUGUGGCAGGACUUGAAACAAGCAGUUCAUGCUUGAAAACCCACACGUCACUGAGUUAAAGCAGUUCUGCAUGGAAGAGUGGGCCAAAAUUCCUCCACAGCGAUGUGAGAGACUGAUCAACAACUACAGGAAGCAUUUGGUUGGAGUCAUUGCAGCUAAAGGUGGCACAACCAGUUAUUGAGUGUAAGGGGGCAAUUACUUUUUCACACAGGGGAAUUGGGUGUUGCAUAACUUUGUUUAUGAAAUAAAUAUGCAAUUGUUGUGUUAUUUGUUCACUUAUGUUCCCUUUAUCUAAUAUUAGGUUUUGGUUGAAGAUCUGAUAACAUUCAGUAUCACAAAUAUGCAAAAGUAGAGAAAAUUAGAAAGGGGGCAAAUACUUUUUCACAGCACUGUAUACAGUUUGACAGUGAUCGGGAACUGUGUCUUAAUAACAUCAAACACAACUUGUUGGAUAUUAUUCCACCAAUCUCUUAGCGCUGGACAUGACCAGACUAUAUGUGUAAUAGAGGCAUUUUCACCUUUACAUCUCCAACAUCUGUCUUCUGGUAUUAACUUAAACUUAUAUAACCUUUGUGGAGUCCAGUGCCGUCUAUGUAUUAUUUUCAAUUGAAUACAUUUAUUUUCCAUUUCUUUAUACGUAGUAUUCAAAUUAGACACAUGAUAUCCACUCUUCAUGGGCUAGAUCUAGAGCCAAUGCUUUUGCCCAGUUGUACUUUAACCUUAUUUAAAGGGUCAGACAAUUGCUCCUGCAGCAGAUGAUACAUUAAUGGCUUGUUUAGUAUUUCUUCAAUCGGGCUAGCUAUGGGACAGGUAAGGGGGCUUCCCAACCAUAUUGACAAAGAACUUCGUAGCUGGAGGUGUCUCCAAAGUGUAUUCUGUGGCAGCUUAUAUUUCUCAGAAAUUUGGGCAAAGCUUAAGAAUAGCUUAGAAUGCUCAUCAAAUAGAUUCAACAGAUAAUUGAUUCCUACUUGUUGCCACUGUACCCAAAAAUAGGUUUUACUUCCAAUUAGGAUACUCUUAUUGUGCCACAGAGGGGCCUGAGGCGAUUUUAUAAAGGUCCCAGCGUCCAGCUCUAUGUAUCUUACCCCACAAGGUUCUGGUGUUUGUAACAGUGGGGUGAUCCUUCAAUUGUGGCCUUACUGUGCCAAAGAUUCCAAGCCAGGGCGAGACUCCCCCACAGGCCUUAGACUCCAUCUGGUACCAGCCUGGUUUAGCCCCUCCCUUCCAAUAUGGCAACCACAUACUGAUGUGUUUGACAUUGAUAGCCCACUCUCGUUUUUAAAAGUAAGGGUUUUUUAUUCUCUCCAACAAUAUCCCUGUGGCUGGGUGUUAUUAGAAUACCAAGGUAUUUGAUACCCUAAGGGGACCAUCUACAUUUCCAUUGGUUGAAGAGCGUGGAUGGGCAGAAGCCAGAUAAAGGAAGAGCCUCAGAUUUAUCUCAGUUAAUAUGAUAACCAGAUAAUGUAAAUUCCUCAACAGUUUGUAGUAAAGCAGGGACAGAUAUCUCAGGUUGAGACAAGAAAAGUAACAUGUCACCUGCAUAAAAGCAUAAGCUUAUGCUGAAUGUUGCCCGCCAUAACUCCAUAAAUAAGUGGGUGACCUCUGUUUCUUGGCCAGGGGUUCCAAAGCUAGCAUAAAUAGACUAGGGCUUAAAGGGCAUCAUUGUCUUGUACUUCUCUGUAACUGGAAAGGGUUGGAUAUGAGACCAUUCGUUAAAACGCAGGCAUAAGGAGUGUCACAAAGUUUUUUUUAUCCAAUUCACAAAGUUCUCCCCAAAGCCAAAUAUUGUAAGAGAUUCAAAAAGGUAGCCCCAUUCCACACAAUCAAAGGGUUUGGCAGCAUCUAAUGACAAAGCAGUUGUUGGAGUGCUUGAGUCCUGGACAGCACGCUGUAUGUUGAGCAGCCUUCUAAGAUUAUCUGAGCUGUAACGGUGGGGGAUAAAGCCAUUCUGAUCCAGGUUAAUGAUACUACCAAUUACCUUAGAUCAUCUUUUUGAAAGCACCUUUUCUAAGGUCUUUUCAUCAUUAUUAAUAAGAGAAAUAGGCUGAUAUCCACUCUGAUCAAAUGGAUAUUUUCCCUUUUUUUGGAUAAGAUAGAUGAUUGCUGUGUGCAUGGAAGAGGGUACUUUAUAUGUGUCAUUAUAUACCUCUAGCAAAAUUGGAGUAAUAAUUGCCUCAAACUUUUUAUAAAAGUCAGAAGGGAGGCCAUCUAACCCAGGAGACUUGUUAGAAGGCGUAAUCUUGAUAACCUGAGAGAUCUCCUCAACCCUAAGUGGUGCAUCUAAAUCAUAUCUAUCCUUAUCUGAGAGUUGUGGUAAAUUCAGGUCUGCAAAAAAGCUAUCCAACUUUUGUUUGUCCAGUAUACCCUGAGAUGUAUAAAGAGUGUUGCCUCUGAACUCCUCAUUUAUCGGCUCCGAAGAGGUAGAAAUUGCACCAUUUUGCAACCGAAUGCCAGCCAUAUGGUUCCUACAGUUUUGCUGCUGGGGGGGAAUAAAGAAUAGUCCCUCCUAUCAGGGUUCAUAAACCUCCAGUUAUAUUUUAAGCCUAGGUCCCUAGCUAGUAGUCUUAUUGCAGCUGCUGAUUUACUCUCCCCCCUUAAUCUAGGCCGAGACCUGUCAAAAGCCUGGUUAAAACCGCCUGCCGAUAAUAUUGGAUGUCACCCAGUUCUAAGAGUUUUUGAAAAGAAUUGUGCCUCUCUGCAUUGGGUGCAUAUACAGUAUAUUGCGAAGAACAACGGAAGUUUCGAUCAAGAGCCCGCAAACUAUGACAUAACGACCAUAUGAGUCAGUUAUCACUUUAGUUUCAGUAAAGUUCUCACGGCCUUAUGUAUGUACCCGGGCUAGAGAAAGCCUUUCCCACCCAAGAGUAUUUUAGUGUUUCUGAUUCCUUUUUAUUCAAAUGUAUCUCCUGUACAAAAGCUAUAUCCACCUUUAGAAGACUUGAGAUAUGCUACCGUUUUAUUUUUCUUGAUUAACCCCUUUAAGGUUCCAGCUAUACAGUAUAAAGAAAAACAAACCAAAGAAAAAACAUUGAAAUGGUAUGUAUAUCUAACAGUAGAACUAAGUAGACUCCCAGCCAAACCUAAGGAGCUGGGGAGAAACAACACAUACCAAGACAUAGAUGGGAUUUAUUAACUUGAGUCACCAGAACUCGACCCACCGUCAACCCGACAGCAGUAUACAACUGUAAUACCCUUUUGGGACAUAGUUCGCUUAAAUUUUUUUAAGGCUGUCAGUCACACGCUAUGGCUAGAGUGCUUUGUCGCCGCUGACUGGCAAACCAUAGCAUUGCAUUGAUUUCACACUUAAUCUUAAAAUCAAGCCAAUCAGAGAAAAUAAGAUUGGAAAAGUUCUAAACUGAAGGUCAUUCAAAAAAUACAUAAGCCUACUGGUAAGAAACAGUUCAGUCAAAUCCAGCCCUAGAGCUCAGUCUAAUCAUAGCAAUGCAAAGUCUAAGGCACUUAUCAGACAGACCUUGAUAGUCCUCCAUCCAAUAGAAUUCUGGAUUCAACGGUCCUCCCUGGCAGAUCUUCUCUGGAUGAAGGCUGAUGCUUCAUCCAGAGUCAAACUUGUGAUCUUGGCUCCGUUGAGUUUGAUCUCCAGUGUAGCAGGAAAACGCAGAAUGAACUCAAUCCCCCGCGAUUUUAGAUCCGUUUUGACCUGUUUGAAUGCCAUCCUCCGGUCGUUAACUCGUUUAGAAUAGUUUUCUACCAUCUCGGGAACACCCAAGAUUUUAAUAUUACAGUUAAUUUGUUAUCCAAAUUAUCAACAUGGUCCUGGAUUUCGUCUAGCUGACCUUUCGUUGAGACAGCGCCAUUCUCCAAUGCGGGUGGUCAGCGAAUAAAUGGUCCCUUCUAUUUCCUACAUUGUGGUCUUGAUUUCUGAUGUGUCUUGUUCAAUAUUUUGGGUGGACAAACAAAUUGAUCUGAUUUCGGAGGCAAGAAAGGUCAGAGUGGGCUCGCAAGUUGCAGUGGCUGGUGUAGCUGGCCUAUCUGGCCUGUAGGCAGCCUCCAUUUUCUUGCUAAGCUUGGACGGUUGUGUCUGCAGUGAAUCCCAGUUAGACAUUUGUUAAUUUUGGUUAUAACAAAAAUCUGCCUUUCACUUGUAUAGUAUGCCUCCAUCUACAGUGAUAUCUCAGAGCACCACAUUGGAAUUACCUUUCCCUGGUCAGUCUCUUUUACACACAUUUGUGAAGACCCCUAAGCUCCAAUAUGACACCUGAUGAAUGAUUGGCUAACCUCUGACCCCUAUCCUCCCGACUCAGGUCCGGGCGAAGCCCAACAACGUGCCCAUCGCCCCAGCGCCCCCUCCGCCCAUGAUGGCGGCGCUCCAGCUGCUCCAGCGGGGCCCGGUGAUGCUGACCACCAAGCUGAGCCCCUCCUUGCUGCCCUCCAGCGCCGGGCCCAUCCACCAGGUUCGCAUCGUCAAUGGCCAGCCCUGCGCCGCCAAGAGCGGCCAGCACACGGGCACAUUGACGGGUAUUGUCAUCACGGCCCCGGCAUCGGUGCAGACACUGCAGAUCAGCGGCCUCGCCUCCGACACCAAGGUCAGCACCACGGUUUGGGUGGGAGGUUACGAUACCAUAAUUGUAUUGUCAAUUGUCAUGGAAAUUAAUUUUGUGAGGUCAGCAGUAUAGUUUGUGGAUGGGAAAGUGACUUGUUCCCUUUUCAGAAUGUAAGUCAUUCUACACGUAUAACUCUGUUACUUUAGUCAUUCGUGUUUUUAAGAGCUUUAUUUUCCUCCCACUGUUUCCAGACUGUUAAAGCUCGGGGGGGAUUGGGACAGAAGAUGUUGGUGAGCAGGACCCCUCCUCUGUCUCCAGCACCCAGGCUAAAGCGAGAGGACAAUCCUCAGGUACACUGGAGAUGGAGCUUAUGCUUCAUUCCGAACUUCGGGUCUAACCUGCAUAACAAAUACGUACCUCUUUUUUAAAUGUCAGCCUACUGAUAGAACCUCAAAGUCCUUCACAGAAGAUGUUCUGUAACGGGAGGCAGGCUUUGCCAAAGAUGCAGUAUAAACAUAUCAAGUAAAUUAUAGAUACAGUAUACACUACAUGACAAAGUAUAUGGUCACCUGCUCGUCGAACAUCUCAUUCCAACAAAAUCAUGGGCAUUAAUAUGGAGUUGGUCCCCACUUUGAUGCUAAAACAACAUCCACUCUUCUGGGAAGGCUUUCCACUAGAUGUUGGAACAUUGCUGCGGGGACUUGCUUCCAUUCAGCCACAAGAGCAUUAAUGAGGUUGGGCACUGAUGUUGGGCGAUUAGGCCUGGCUCGCAGUCGGUGUUCCAAUUCAUCCCAAAGGUGUUCGAUGAGGUUGAGGUCAGGGCUCUGUGCAGGCCAGUCAAGUUCUUCCACACUGAUCUCGACAAACCAUUUCUGUAUGGAGCUUUACACCACUCCAGCUAACACAUUGCGCAUGGUGAUCUUAGGCUUGUGUGUGGCUGCUCGGCCAUGGAAACCCAUUUCAUGAAGCCCUCGACGAACAGUUCUUGUGCUGACGUUGCUUCCAGUGGCAGUUUGGAACUCAGUAGUGAGUGUUGCAACCGUGGACAGACUAUUUUUAUGUGCUUCAGCACUCAGCGGUCCCAUUCUGUGAGCUUGUGUGGCCUACCAUUUCGUUGCUGAGCCAUUGUUGCUCCUAGACUUUUCCACUUCACAAUAAUAUCACUUACAGUUGACCGAGGCAGCUCUAGCAGGGCAGAAAUUUGACAAACUGACUUGUUGGAAAGGUGUCAUCCUAUGACGGUGCCACGUUGAUAGUCACUGAUCUCUUCAGUAAGGCCAUUCUACUGCCAAUGUUUGUCUAUAAAGAUUGCAUGGCUGUGUGCUCGAUUUUAUACACCCGUCAGCAACGGGUGUUGCUUAAAUAGGCGAAUCCACUAAUUUAAAGGUUUUACCACAUAUUUUUGUGUAUAUAUAUAGUGUAUAUGUUCAUGUUACAAAUUCUCCUCACACAGGGCACCAUUUAUGGAGGGGAUUGUCCUAAUACCCUUUUAUUGUUUGCCCCCAGAAACUUGCCUUCAUGGUGUCCCUCGGACUUGUCACCCAUGACCAUUUGGAAGGUAAGCACUGCCAGUUUGGUCUGAAGUAAAUUCCAGUUGCUACAUUCUCACCCGCAUUCCCUAGGAGUGUAUACUGCAAUGCCUGUAUUAAUAUACUACUCUGUGGUUAUAGAAAUUCAGAGCAAGAGGCAGGAGCGUAAGCGAAGAACAACGGCGAAUCCGGUGUACAGUGGAGCUGUGUUUGAGCCUGAGGUAUGGACUUACACUGCUGUUCUUCUACUUAUCAAAAAUUUUUGAUAGUGUAACCCACACAUUGCUACAACAGCCGAUACACAAUAUGUUUCUUAUUAAGUUGGAUACCAGUGCACAUGCUUUUUAAAAUGUGAGCAUAAUACGCACCAUUUUCAAUGUGAAUAUCUGAAUAAAUGGAGUCAGAGUUAGGAUCUGGCCCUGUGUAGCAUAUGAAAAGCAAACAGGUUUUCUUUUUGAGUGAGCAACAUGAUAAACUUGCAGUCAAAUCACAGCUGGAUUUAUUCUCCCACAUACGUGUUCCUAUCCACGCCGUGCAGAGGAAGAAGAGUGCAGUGACCUACCUAAACACUCCGCUCCACCAGGGCACCAGGAAGAGAGGUCAGUAUCCACUCAACAACUGCACAUACACCUUCUCCAAUGCCCAGGAUAUAUACAGGUAACUGCCAAAAUAAAGGAAAUGCCAAUAUAACGUGUCUCAAUAGCCUCCUUUGGCCGCCAUUCCUUCCAGUUCUCUGCUGCCAAUGACUGGAACGAACUGCAACAAUCUCUGAAGCUCUACAUCUCCCUCACUAACUUUAAGCAUCAGUUGUCAGAGCAGCUUACCGAUCACUGCACCUGUACACAGCCCAUCUGUAAUUAGCCCACCCAACUACCUCAUCCCCAUAUUGUUAUUUAUUUUGCUCAUUUGCACCCCAGUAUCUCUAUUUGCACAUCAUCUUCUGCACAUCUAUCACUCCAGUGUUAAUACUAAAUUGUAAUUAUUUUGCACUAUGGCCUAUUUAUUGCCUUACCUCCAUAACUUACUACAUUUGCACACACUGUAUAUGUAUUUUCUAUUGUGUUUUUGACUGUACGUUUUGUUUAUCCCAUAUGUAACUCUGUGUUGUUCUUUUUAUCGCACUGCUUUGCUUUAUCUUGGCCAGGUCGCAGUUAUAAAUGAGAACUUGUUCUCAACUGGCUUACCUGGUUAAAUAAAGGUUAAAAAAUCAUUUAAAAAACAAGCCGCCAGAACAACAAAGCACCUUGGCAUAGAUUCUACAAGUGUCUGGAGCUCUAUUGGAGGGAUGCGACACCAUUCUUCCACAAGAAAUUCCAUCAUUUGGUGUUUUGUUGAUGGUGGUGGAAAACGCUGCCUCAGGUGCCGCUCCAGAAUCUCCUAUAAGUAUUCAAUCGGUCCCACUGUUCCUCGUGAAACAUCAGCAAGUUGAGCAGUCUUUGACACUGAAGCUCCUGCCAAAUGUGUCUCAACAAUCACCCCUCUUUCAAUGUCACUGGGAUCUCUUCUAGCCAUGGUAGCCAAAAUAAUGGGCAACUGGGCCUGCCCAGCAUUUUUAUACAUGACCCUAAGCAUGGUGGGAUGUUAAUUGCUUAAUUAACUCAGGAACCACACCUUUGUGGAAGCAUCUGCUUAUUUUGUAUCCCUCAUUUACUCAAGUGUUUCCUUUAUUUUGGCAGUUCCCUGUACAUGUCUUUAUAGAUUCCUGAGCUGGCCUUUAUUUGAUGCUUGUAUGUUGUAAUCUAUUCAAUGUAUGAAAUGCUGUGAAUGUCUGUCACACACACACACACACCACCCAACUUUUCUGCUGAUCCUUCUUUGCUUGCUGGCUGAAUCCUGCACAGGGACACUUAAGCAUGAAACACACGAGAAUCUCACUGCCGAAAGACUGCCAAUAGGUACUUAUCACAGUGAGAGGACGUUCCUUCUCUUGCUAGAACAAAAGUGGUACCUGCUGCGUGCCGACCCAGUAGCGAUGAACAUGCCAUUUCCACUUGUAGAAUUGCAAUGCUCGUCAGUGGCCAACAACUUGACUUUGAGCUAAUCAGAGCGAAUGAACCCCCACGUGGGGUAGCCAACAGGAGCCUCAACAAAAAGGAAAAGAGUGCACAGAUACAAUGCACACAACAUUAAAUACUUCCUUCAAGCAAGCUAACCACUGUAGCUAGUAUUGACAUUAUACAGUGCAUUCGGAAAGUAUUCAGACCCCUUCCCCUUUUCCACAUUUUGUUCUAAAAUGGGUUAAAUAAAAAAUGUCCUCAUCAAUCUACACAUAAUACCCCAUAAUGACAAAGCAAUAACAGGUUAUGGAAAGAAAAAAAAAAUGGUGUGUGUGUGUAUAUGUAUGUGUAUAUACAGUGAGGGAAAAAAGUAUUUGAUCCCCUGCUGAUUUUGUACGUUUGCCCACUGACAAAGAUAUGAUCAGUCUAUAAUUUGUAUGGUAGGUUUAUUUGAACAGUGAGAGACAGAAUAACAACAAAAAAAUCCAGAAAAACGCAUGUCAAAAAUGUUAUAAAUUGAUUUGCAUUUUAAUGAGGGAAAUAAGUAUUUGACCCCCUCUCAAUCAGAAAGAUUUCUUGCUCCCAGGUGUCUUUUAUACAGCUAACGAGCUGAGAUUAGGAGCACACUCUUAAAGGGAGUGCUCCUAAUCUCAGCUUGUUACCUGUAUAAAAGAUACCUGUCCACAGAAGCAAUCAAUCAAUCAGAUUCCAAACUCUCCACCAUGGCCAAGACCAAAGAGCUCUCCAAGGAUGUCAGGUACAAGAUUGUAGACCUACACAAGGCUAGAAUGGGCUACAAGACCAUCGCCAAGCAGCUUGGUGAGAAGGUGACAACAGUUGGUGCGAUUAUUCGCAAAUGGAAGAAACACAAAAUAACUGUCCAUCUCCCUCGGCCUGGGGCUCCAUGCAAGAUCUCACCUUGUGGAGUUGCAAUGAUCAUGAGAACGGUGAGGAAUCAGCCCAGAACUACACGGGAGGAUCUUGUCAAUGAUCUCAAGGCAGCUGGGAUCAUAGUCACCAAGAAAACAAUUGGUAACACACUACGCCGUGAAGGACUGAAAUCCUGCAGCGCCCGCAAGGUCCCCUUGCUCAAGAAAGCACAUAUACAGGCCUGUCUGAAGUUUGCCAAUGAACAUCUGAAUGAUUCAGAGGAGAACUGGGUGAAAGUGUUGUGGUCAGAUGAGACAAAUUGAGCUCGUUGGCAUCAAUUCAACUCGCCGUGUUUGGAGGAGGAGGAAUGCUGCCUAUGACCCCAAGAACACCAUCCCCACCGUCAAACAUGGAGGUGGAAACAUUAUGCUUUGGGGGUGUUUUUCUGCUAAGGGGACAGGGCAACUUCACCGCAUCAAAGGGACGAUGGACGGGGCCAUGUACCAUCAAAUCUUGGGUGAGAACCUCCUUCCCUCAGCCAGGGCAUUGAAAAUGGGUCGUGGAUGGGUAUUCCAGCAUGACAAUGACCCAAAACACACGGCCAAGGCAACAAAGGAGUGGCUCAAGAAGAAGCACGUUAAGGUCCUGGAGUGGCCUAGCCAGUCUCCAGACCUUAAUCCCAUAGAAAAUCUGUGGAGGGAGCUGAAGGUUCGAGUUGCCAAACGUCAGCCUCGAAACCUUAAUGACUUGGAGAAGAUCUGCAAAGAGGAGUGGGACAAAAUCCCUCCUGAAAUGUGUGCAAACCUGGUGGCCAACUACAAGAAACGUCUGACCUCUGUGAUUGCCAACAAGGGUUUUGCCACCAAGUACUAAGUCAUGUUUUGCAGAGGGGUCAAAUACUUAUUUCCCUCAUUAAAAUGCUAAUCAAUUUAUAACAUUUUGACAUGCGUUUUUCAGGAUUUUGUUGUUGUUAUUCUGUCUCUCACUGUUAAAAUAAACCUACCAUUCAAAUUAUAGACUGAUCAUAUCUUUGUCAGUGGGCAAACGUACAAAAUCAGCAGGGGAUCAAAUACUUUUUUCCCUCACUGUAGCUGUGUGUGUGUCCCUUUCUGAGAGACUGCUAUGCUGACCUUGAAGACUUGAUUAUAAAAGACAGCAUUUCAUCCCUAUCUGUAGAAAUUCCUUGACUUUUUCCAAUUAUCAUUUGUGAAAACCGGAAGGUUUUGGAUAAAGGGAUAAUAGUUCAUGUCAAAAUGUAACUUUGUCAGAUGUUUUCAUACCUCAAAGUGGAGCGGAGUCAAUUUGUUGAUCUGAGCAGUAGGAAAUCUGGAGGCCUCAACCAUAAUUGAAUGGAAAAGAUUGGAACCAUUCAAUUGCACUUACACGCCAUGUUUUUCUGUAUGAAAGCAUCUGACAAACUGUGAUUUCACUUUGAACAGUCCCUUUGAGGUUGAUUGUAGCGUGUUGACUGUGAUUUUCCCUCUAUCCAGCCAGCAUAUCGCACCGCUUCUUCUUUUGAACCCCGCUUGCAUGUAGCUUCUGACUCUUAAGGUUAUUAUAAGCUUCACUCCGUUGAUCUACGUGGGUGUGUGCACGUGGGUGAAAUACAUGGCUGUGGCGGUCAUCAAAUUUUGUCAGCAGGUUAUUGUUAUGCAAAAGACUGCCGGUCUCAUGGUAAUUGACCAUUAAUUAACAUAAACAUGUUUAGCUUCCCACGGACUGCGCAUACAAGCCGAUGACGCACGCCUUUGGAACAUCUACAUUAAAAAAAGAAAAGUCAAUUUAAUAUACACCAUCACAAUAAAUCCAUUAUUUAUUUUAGGCAGGUUCAGAAGAACAGAAUAUGAGUUGGCCUACUGUAUGUUAUCUGGUUAUGCACCAUGCCAUAGGCUUUAGGCUUGUUCAUUUAGCAGACAAGAUAUGCUUGUAAGUCCCGUGCCAUUAAUUUAUAAUAUGAUUUUAUAGUAAAAAAUAAUAUAAUUGAACUUAGCUGAAUAAAAUAAAGGAUAUUUUCCCCAUUCAGGAGCGAGUGCGCAUAUGAAGUGGCUUAGUUGAGCGUAAGCGUGAUCAUUUCAAACAGGUCCUAAAUCCUAGAUUUGGAGUUAUUUGGCAACUUUAGUUGGGAAUGAUACAAACCUUAGAAUGUCUUACGAAUCAAAACAUAUGUGGGCUGCAUGGUGCGACUAUAGGCUAUUGAUGAUUUGAGAAAGUCGCAAAAAAAGCUUGCGCUCUGUUCCUUGCCUCAGGCUGCACGCUGUUCUCUCAAGUGAUCAUAUUUUCACCCAUCAGACUAUUCUCAAUUUAAUCUUGUCUUUACUAAUAUGUCAAAUUAGUUUCUAUUUAGAAUGGCCCAUUAUCAAAUGGGCAGGAACAUGGGCAGGGGGAAAAAGAUAUGUAAUCCUUAUGCACUCAAAUAGCUUUUUCAAUCAUGCCUGGUAGGCGACUCCAUUUAUUUCACUCCACCCAUCAACCACUGUUGCGCGACAGGUGAUAUUCCGCCCAACUCUGUAUGACAUGGGCUCUCCAACCCUGUUCCUGCAGUUACCCUUUCUUAAUUUGAGAAACCAAGUGACAUCAGUUUGGGAACAUCGAUAGUAACAUGUUUUUACAAUGAAACACAUUUCAUUAAACUGACAGCACCUCUCUCUGCGCGCUCGAGAAAGGAAUGAAGGCGAGAGGGGAGGAGAUGGAAAUGCACGGUGGUGAGAUAUUCUGUAGCUAAAGGUAAUGUGUCAGCCUAUUAAUUAUGAAAAUAUAAAAAAUGCCCUAUUACUAGGCUAUUCAAAAUCAAAUAUAAAUUCUCUAUAAUUGUAGGCUAACUCUGUAAGCCGCCCUGCAAAAUCAAUGAACCAACAGCAUACGUUCUCUCCCAGACUCAUGGAUAAAAAGUUUGGAGUGUAGCAUAAGGUAACCAGUCCAUCCAGUAUGCAUAAUAAUACAGUCCACACUCAAAGGUGAUUACUAGAAUUUGUUUACAUUUUGGAGUAUAGCCUAGACCAUGGGUCCAACCUUUUCUAGCAUGAGAGCUAGUAUUUAAAAUAAUUACAUGUCGCGAGCUACAUUUUUUUAAUAUAUAGAUUUCAAAGUCUAGCUUUCUUCUCUUCUACUCUCCCCUGCACCUUUUUUCCGGGUCCUUAGUGUACAAGAGAAAGUAGUGCACUAUGUUUUCUGUCAAUAUACCUGGUAAAAUAAUGGUUAAUAAACAACUCCAAGGGGGCCCUAUAACAUUUGUAAUUAUUUUCCCCAAAUUCUGUUAUAUUUUCCAAAAUUAUGUUCAAUUUUUUCACUCUUAAAAUUACAAUUGUUCAUAGAGAACCAAUGAAAUUGAAUGUUCUGAGUCCAUGUCAAUGCUUAAAUCACAUCGGAAGACCAAUUUUUUGGUGGUGUAAUUCCCCUUUAAUUGUGCAUCUGGCCCUUUAAUUGGGUGUCUAGCGACGGUUCUGUACUGCUCAUGUCAUGGCAAAGUUAGCAAAAAACUAAUAAUAUAUAUACAAAUGAUAUACUGUACUUACUCAUGAUAUACUUCUGCCAGGUAAGCCUACUUUGCAGUUAACAUUUAAAUCAGAAGGUUUUGGGGAAUGUAUUUGUCAACCCACAAGUUGGUUAUCACAUCAACUGGCUACACACAGAGUGAUAAAAAAAUGAACGCACCACACAGACCGACACAGGAAAUUAAUUGGCAGAUAUCGUCUUAGGUUUGAGUUUUUUAAGCCAAUAGUGGCUAACCAGGGGUGGGAUAAUGUCAAUGUUGCGUUGAUUAGAUAGUAGCUGGGAGCUUGCAGUGCAUGAUACUGUUUUGAUGAUAAGUGUUUGACAUCAAUGCAAAUGUUUCGAAAAUCACAUCAGAGUGGUUAGAGGGACAAUAGAGCCCUGAAUACCAGGCCAUUAGCGACCUGAUGGUUAUUAGCAAGUUGGGUACUACCAAGCAUGUCCAGAGUGCAUAAGAACGAUCACAUGGAAUUUUACUGCGUCAUGACUCAUGACUGCCGGUGUGGCGCCCUUACAAAAAAUGAUUGCAGUUUUUAAACUGCAGUAAAAGUGCAGUAACUGCAGUCGACUCUGGUAUUUUGGACACAGUAAUUGCAUAAUAAGUGCAGUGUACUGCACUGUACUGUAACUGCAGUUACACUGCAUAAGUACUGUAGUAAAAAAAAAGUUAUUUUGGACGCAGUAUUUGCAGCAUACUGCAGUCAGACUGCAUUGUACUGCAGUUAUAAUGCACUCUGAUUGCAAUCUUUUUUCGUAAGGGCGGUAAUACGGUCACCGCAACAGCCCUAUUGGAGUGGGAUUUUUGGAGUAGCGGACACCUUUUGGUAACAUGAAAUCCUCGCCGGUCCCACUUCCACUGGCUAAAAACAUAGCAAGCUUUUUUAGCUUACCACAUUUCCAUGUGAAGUAAUCAGAUUUAUUAUAAAAUGCCCUGGCAAAUGUUUGCUUUCUUGCCGGUGUAACCUAAAACAUUGUCCCAGUUUGAUAUGCUACUCCCUUAUCAUUUACAAAUAGUAGGUCAUCAUGUUUUGGUAAUGGAGAAAAAAGCACAUGGCUAGCUAGUUGGCUACAGCAGGUUCUACCAUUUCACAAUAGCCUGUAAUCGCUAGUUAUUACUUCUAAACAGAAUACCUUUUUGAGUGGAUUCUUGUUUGUUUUACUGUUUGAACAGUCGCUGAAAUUGUAUUGGGUUAUCGAUGCAAAAUAGGCUACUUUGAUGAAUAGCCUAUAGAUCAGAUCAAGGAACCAAGCGACAACACUACCCCUAUGACUUCGGAAGGAAUGAUAUGGCGUGUCUCAAUUUUCAGGUAGUUAAAAAGUAUGUUGAAUGCCAGAGCGUUUUACAAGGAGCAGCCCCUUUUGUUACAAAAGGACAUGGCAACACUCAGAAUCUUGCGUCUGCGUAGAGCUCGUAGUAAGUUUUAGUGCACUAACUCCGCUCUCUGUGCUUCUCCUAAUCCUCCACCCUCAACUCAACACCCUCCCUUUUUCCUUUUUCACAUUAGCCAACGAGGACCCACUGUCAAAGGUAUGUCGGACAGACAGUUUAUUUAUUUGUUUCCUUCCCACCUCCAUCUUUUUUGUUUUUUGUUUUUCGUCUGUCUCAUUUCACCCAGGUCGCCCUCCCAAAUACAGCAGUGUUCCGGAGCUGGGCAGCCACACCCCGACCUCCCCCUCCAGCUGUCUCACUGCCUUCCCGGCCCCCGAGUGGCCCAACACAGAGGGGAGCUUCCCCUUCCAUGUCCACCCCCACAACACUCUCCCCCUGCCCAGCCCCAGCUCUGGGGAUGUAAGUAGCAGCUGGAGAGAGCACAGCAGCCUGGACUUUCUGGGGCUCUAUCCCAACUUACUGACCUCACCUACUCUCGCCCCUCCCUUUUUAUAUUGGUGGUAUUGUCCACAGGUUGUUACAAAUACUUUAGUGAAGUUGAGAUGUCCCAGUACCUCACGUCUAAAGACCUAGACAAGUACAGACACGUGUUUAUUGAUUUACUCCCUACUGUCUGAUCCUUCAUCUUUUAUUUCCAUUUUUGAUGCAGUCUUACAAAGUGAACAGUACCCCUCGCCUCAAUUUCAGUACCCCUCUCCCCCUACUCUCAAAGAAAUGAUGCUGUCUGUGUCAAAUUGUUACUUGACCUAUUUCUUUAAAAAGUAGGAUCAGUUAGUUUAGAUCUUCUUUUAAAUGCCAUUAAAAACAUACUGCAGUAUUAAAGCAGUUGAUUUACAUACGUUAAACUAUAUUUUUAAAUAGGAAAUGCAGAAUGUUAUCCACAAUGGCUUUUAGAAUGGGCUUUACCCAUUUCGGUGUUGGAAUUACACACAUGAUUUACUUAAGUGUUAUCUUUAAAACAACACAGAGACCGUAAUAUGAUUGGAUAAUCCUCAAAUCAACACACAUGGCCCUUCUGCCCUGCCUCUGCACACCUGAUUGGUCAGGCCUAGACAGGCAGUGAAACUGAUUGGUGCAAUUCAUCCUGACAGGGAGACAUCCAUGAGGAUUUCUGCACUGUGUGCAGACGCAGUGGACAGUUGCUCAUGUGUGACACAUGCUCACGUGUCUAUCACCUGGACUGCCUGGACCCACCCCUGAAAACCAUUCCUAAAGGCAUGUGGAUCUGUCCCAAAUGUCAAGAGCAGGUAAACGCAGCACCGACAAUCGGGGGGCUUGGCCCAGCAGUCCAGUGGUUGAAUAGUAUAGAUCUGAGAAUUUGGUUACUGUUUCAAAGUGGAUCAUCUAUUGACAUAGUUUCCCCUCAGGCUUUCAUCAGCUAGCCCUUAUUUAUAGACGACAACAUUACGAUAUGACUGUUCCUUCCUUUGUAAGCUUCAACAUGUUUCAGUAUUGUUUUAAGUAAUUCUUUCCCAUUCAUUUUGUUAGUGGGGGAUGGCAUCUUACACUCCCAUCCGAUUCAUUUUGUUUGUUCUUCUUGACAUCACCAAAGGGUGACCACAGCAAUGUUCUCUUCCACAUCUAGGUAAUGUCGUGACUUUGCAAUCACAAUACAACAAAGCUAUGCUCUUCUCUCCAGAUAUUGAAAAAAGAAGAUGCAAUUCAAUGGCCAGGAACAUUGGCUAUUGUUCAUUCCUACAUCGCCUAUAAAGAAGGUAGGAAUAGCACACUAAAGACCUUGUGCCUCGACAAACAUCAAAUGUGUGGGCUGAAGCGGUGGUAGAUGGAAGAGUUCCUUCACUGGUAUCUCAAACAACCAGAUUGCUUUAAAGUCUCACUGUUGUCUGUGUGUUGUUUCUGUUUUCUAAAAGCUAAAGAAGAGGAGAAACAAAAGCUAAUGAAGUGGAGUGCUGAGCUGAAACUGGAGCGAGAACAGUUGGAACAAGGGGUCAAACAACUCAGUAACUCCAUAACGGUAAGCUCCAUAGUAACAGCAAAGCAUCUUCAUAAGCGAGUUGUUUCCAGAUGGGUGUACUGGAAUAGAUGGAAGUAUUUGAUCUUGAAUAAUAGUGUGACUUAGGUAAUUCACAUAACUACCCCUAUUGCUUACCUGGCUCUGAUGCUCUCUUAGCUUAUGUCAGAGAUACUUAUGGCUGACAUUACAUUUUCAUAGAAACGCAUCCAAAGAUAAGUAUGCACACUGUUAACAAAGCUAGCUAUGCUGGCUUGCUAGCUACAUAGCAAAAUGUUAGCUACAUAGCAAAAUGUUCGCUAAUCAAUAAAAUCUUACAGUUUGCGGUUACCUUGCUAUACUAAUACUUUAGCUCAUUUAUAAAAACGAUACAUUGAUAAAAACAUCACUAGUAGUGCUAUAAUUAGAGAGAGUUCAAUAUUUGGCAGAGCUAUCUAGCUUGCUAUCUGGCUUGUUAGCAAGCAAAUGUGUAUCUGUCAGGAACCAACAUAAUAUAUAUAGCAGACGCUUUUAUCCAAAGCGACUCAGUCAUGCGUGCAUACAUUUUACGUAUGGGUGGCCCUGGGAAUCGAAGAUAUACAGUUCAAGCCGGAAGUUUACAUACAAUUAGGUUGGAGUCAUUAAAACUCGUUUUUCAACCACUCCACAAAUUUCUUGUUAACAAACUAUGUUUUGGCGAGUUGGUUAGGACAUCUACUUUGUGCAUGACACAAGUAAUUUUUCCAACAAUUGUUUACAGACAGAUUAUUUCACUUAUAAUGCACUGUAUCACAAUUCCAGUGGGUCAGAAGUUUACAUACACUAAGUUGACUGUGCCUUUAAACAGUUUGAAGCUUCUGAUGGCUUUAGAAGCUUCUGAUAGGCUAAUUGACAUAAUUUGAGUCAAUUGGAGGUGUACCUGUGGAUGUAUUUCAAGGCCUACCUUCAAACUCAGUGCCUCUUUGCUUGACAUCAUGGGAAAAUCAAAAGAAAUCAGCCAAGACCUCAGAAAAAAAUGUAGACCUCCACAAGUCUGGUUCAUCCUUGGGAGCAAUUUCCAAACGCCUGGAGGUACCAUGUUCAUCUGUACAAACAAUAGUACGCAAGUAUAAACACCAUGGGACCACGCAGCCGUCAUACCGCUCAGGAAGGAGACGCGUUCUGUCUCCUAGAGAUGAACGUACUUUGGUGCGAAAAGUGCAAAUCAAUCCCAGAACAACAGCAAAGGACCUUGUGAAGAUGCUGGAGGAAACAGGUACAAAAGUAUCUAUAUCCACAGUAAAACGACUCAUAUAUCAACAUAACCUGAAAGGCCGCUCAGCAAGGAAGAAGCCACUGAUCCAAAACCGCCAUAAAAAAGCCAGACUACGGUUUGCAACUGCACAUGGGGACAAAGAUCGUAGUGUUUGGAGAAAUGUCCUCUGGUCUGAUGAAACAAAAAUAUAACUGUUUGGCCAAAAUGACCAUCGUUAUGUUUGGAGGAAAAAUGGGGUGGCUUGCAAGCCAAAAAACACCAUCCCAACCGUGAAGCACAGGGGUGGCAGCAUCAUGCUGUAGGGGUGCUUUGCUGCAGGUGGGACUGGUGCACUUCACAAAAUAGAUGGCAUCAUGAGGAAGGAAAAUUAUGUGGAUAUAUUGAAGCAGCACCUCAAGACAUCAGUCAGAAAGUUAAAGCUUGGUCGCAAAUGGGUCUUCCAAAUGGACAAUGACCCCAAGCAUACUUCCAAAGUUGUGGCAAAAUGGCUUAAGGACAACAAAGUCAAGGUAUUGGAGUGGCCAACACAAAGCCUUGACCUCAAUUCUAUAGAAAAUUUGUGGGCAGAACUGAAAAAGCGUGUGCGAGCAAGGAGGCCUACAAACCUGAUUCAGUUACACCAGCUCUGUCAGGAGGAAUGGGCAAAAAUUCACCCAACUUAUUGUGGGAAGCUUGUGGAAGGCUACCCGAAACGUUUGACCCAAGUUAAACAAUUUAAAGGCAAUGCUACCAAAUACUAAUUGAGUGUAUGUAAACUUCUGAUCCACUGGGAAUGUGAUGAAAGAAAUAAAAGCUGAAAUAAAUCUACUAUUAUUCUGACAUUUCACAUUCUUAAAAUAAAGUGGUGAUCCUAACUGAUCUAAAACAGGGAAUUUUUACUAGGAUUAAAUGUCAGGUAUUGUAAAAAACUGAGUUUAAAUGUAUUUGGCUAAGGUGUAUGUAAACUUCCGACUUUAACUGUAGCUAAGACUAGUUUCUGGGAGUCUUAAUCUGACUGGAAAGUAUUUGUGUAACCAUUUGACACCAGAUGAGGUGCAGUGAUGUAAAAUAUAAAAAAGGAUGGUCUAAAUAUACCCCACAAGCCAUUCAUGUAUUUUGAAACUGUUAUUUUUAAAGGUAGACUCAGCGAAAUGACGUUGUCAUGAGCAGCACCGCAGAUAUUGCGAUAAACGAGAUGCAAUACUUUGCUCUCACACAGUCACACACAGUAUCUGUGCACGUGCACAGGUUCGCUUCAUGCUGUUACAGCGUGGUAGCCACAGGACCAGAACAGUGGAUAAGUUGAACCUUGCACUUCAACGCUUUUAGUUGUUGCAGAAAUUGACCCACUAUGCUGUUUACUUUCUGCGUCUAUCAUAUCGCUGAGUCUACCUUUUAAGUCACUUAAUUUGUUGGAUUAAUUUAAGUGACUUAAUUUAUUAUGUCCAUUAUUCUGAAAUGCCCAACCCUGUUUCCUCCUCUCUAAAUAGAAAUGCAUGGAGACCAAAAACACCAUCAUGUCUCGACAGAACGAAAUGCAAGUUUCGUUGGAGAAGGUCAAACACCUGGUCCGCCUCAUUCAGGCUUUCAAUUUCAGUCAAACCGUGGAGACCGAGGGUACAUGUCCCUUCACAGAGGACAUCGGGGCCAAGGAUGCAAUUGUCCCAGCUGAAAAUGCAUUAGACGCCAUCAACACUGAGGCUGUAGCAGAAGUCAAUAUCCUGUCUGUGGAUGGGGUGAAGGCCGAGGUCACAGCACUGAACAGCACCAAUGUUGAAGCCGGGAAGGAGGAGAUGGUUGUAGCUCAUGUUGCCACAGAGAAGGUAGCAGGAGUCGGUGCUGAGGCUGCAGUUGACAUCUGCACUGAGCCGGCUGCCGAGGUCAGCACCGUGACUGCAGUGGACAGCAGUGUUGAACCUGUGGCUGAGGUCAAUAACGCUGAGGAAGUGACUGAAGCCACCGCAGUAGUCGUUGCAGAGGACUCUACAGUGGCCACAACCAACGGCACCACUGACCUUGUGUGUACUGACACGAGCAUGGACGAGAGCUGUACUAACAACACUAACACCAACCCUGAGAACAAGGUCACAACCACUAACAGCACAGAGGAGCUGAUAGAAGAGGAACAGGAAGAGAACACAAACAUUGACAACAGCAGCACCAACAACAGCAAAACCUCAGAACCUUCCCUGAAAUCUUUUCCCGCUCUUCUCAACAGUUUGGACAAUAAAGAGUAACGCUCCGUCUCUUGGAUUGAAACCCCCCCCCAACAUAAUAAAAAAGACUUUUUGCUUUCACCUUUGAAAGGUGCCUGAAGUUGCCAAUCUAUAUACAUACUUGUUUCCAAUGUAUUGUCAGACUGUGUAAAUAGAAGAUCUACAGCCCGUCUGAGAUUGCUCUUGGAUGCUGUAGGUUAUUAUACCCCAAACAUGGGUGAAAGGGUGGCAUGUAUACCAGUGUCAUGCCAAUUUAAGGAUAGAAAAGAACAGUAGUAAUGGUAAAAGUAAGCUCAUUUGUAACAUCACACCAGUGUGUGCCUGCAACAGUUGCCCUCAGAACUCUCAUGGGGGUUGUUUCUUAGGUUAUCUUCUGUUCCUGGGAUGCAGGUUAGAGAUGUCUAAAGUUAGCGUGCUGAACAGAGACCAUGUUUGUCCGGCAUUAACUGAGAGCAAAAUAAAACCAAAAGAUAAGCAAAAGAGCUGAGGGACAGGGCUUUGAAAAAGUGUCAGUAUUUGUUAACAGUGGGGAAACAUUGAGGUGUUUGAUCGUCAUUGAAAAUCAAACAGGUAAAACAGGAGAGCCUUCAGUUAGCUCAAUACCUUCCUCCCCUUUCCCCAUUCUCACUCUUACAUGACCAAUAACUAUGGACCCAUUUACACAAAACCUCAGGCAAAAAAAAGAAAGAAAGUAAAGCAACAUCCACGUGCUUUGGAAGUAUGAGGCAGACUGCUUAUAGAGCUGGCUUGUUAGGGCCUUGCUGAGGAAGACCCAGGUAACAAAGAUGGUCAUCUCAAGAGAGAGUGGAGUCACAUCACACAUGGUAGCUUAAAGUUUUAAAAUGGUGUAGAUCCAGUGCAGUGGUUGAGUUUAAUUUGUGAGUCAGUGUGUCAACUGUGAGCACUAAAUGUGAAAUUGCAAUAUUAUUGCAUUGUCAAAAACAAACACGCAAAAAUAUAUCUGCGGUGUGUUUCUUUUAUAGGAUAAGGUAUUCAUUCAGGUCUUCCUAGUCUUAAAAAAUAAGUGCAUUUCUGUUGCAUAAAACAGUUGUUUGUUAAUAAAUGUUUUUAACUGGCAUAGUUUAUGCAUUUAAUUAUCUUUUAAAAGAGGUGACCUUUGCAUAUUAAGAAAUGUACGUUUUUGUUUAAUUCUGAACUGCCAAAAUGCUAUUGUAUCCAAAUAUAGCAGGGACAUGUCCACUAAAUGUAUGGAAAGACAAAGUAUGAAAUGUAUUAUUCAAUACAAUCUCUGGAAUUGGCGAUCCCUUCAACAAUCUCAUCAAAAUAUAUUUAUUUCCUGGAAACUGGAGGGUUUGUUGUAUCAGUCCAUUUUGGUGGUAAUAAGGAAAAUACAACACAUCCUGAGAUUAAAGCACAAGCUUGUUGCAUAACAAAUACGUGCUGAAAAGCUUUUUUGUACGUUAUAUAUGGAACAAAACAGAUUAUGCAUUUAGUUUGUUGUCAUGUAAUUAAGUCCCAACAAAAUAUUUUUGUAUGACCCAACUUAUCUUUGAGGGUGAGACUUAGGCCUUGUCCAGGAGAAAUGUUCCCUCUCUCCUACCGCUUGAAUAUGCUUGGAUAACAGAACCGACCAACGAACCUAUCCCUAAAUUCUCAAUAGAUUUGUGCUUCCUCUGUUAUUUUUUUUGUAAUGCUCCAUCAACAUAUUUGUCUAAUGUUUUAUAAUUUGUGGGGCCAGUACCCAGGUUUUUCCCACUUUUCGACCAAGUCGAUCAUGAGUUUCACCAGACUGUUCAUAAACUUUUGGGGUUGGGACCAUUCAGAAGAUCUGUGAAGGAUCUUUUUAGAGCGAGCCUCAGGUCUUCUCAAUUGAAAUUAUUUUAUUUAAUUUUUUAUGCUAUGCUGUUGCAUUAUAUGGAGUGCACAGAGGGCAACUUAGAGUGGGGUCCGAAAUGAUUGACACCCUUGAUAAAGAUGAGCUGAAAUGACUGUAUAAAAUAAAUAAUUCAAAUACUGAGCUAUAUUGUAUGCUCAACAAAAUGGGGAAAGGACAUUAUUUUAUACUAAUACAAGAGAAAGAUUUUGUUUUAUAUAAUAAUAAUAAUAAUAAUAUGCCAUUUAGCAGACGCUUUUAUCCAAAGCGACUUACAGUCGUGCGUGCAUACAUUUUUGUGUAUGGGUGUUUUAACAAGUACAUUUCUUUUCUCAAAGGUAGGGAUCAAAAUUAUUGACACCCCUAUUUUCAAUACCUUUUAAUACCUCACCUUGCGAGGAUAACGGCACUGAGCCUUUUUCUAAACUGUUUUAUGAGUUGGAGAACACAUUUGGAGGGAUCUUAGACCAUUCCUCCAUACAGAAUCCUUCCAGACACCCCUGUGGCAACCAGGUUUUUGGCUCAAAUGUCCUUAUACUGGGUAAAGUUCAUGAUGCCGUUGACCUUAACAAGGGCCCCAGGACCUGUGGAAGCAAAAUAGCCGCAUAACAUCAAAGAUCCACCACCAUAUUUUACAGUAGGUAUGGGGGUCUUCUCUGCUCAUGCAUUCUAAUUUUAACGCCAAACCCACCACUGUUGUGUGUGGCCAAAGAGCUAUAUUUUCAUAUCUUUACCCAGUACCGGGACAUUUUAGCCAAAAACCUGGUUGCCUCUGCCAGGAGGCUGAAACUUGGCCACAAGUGGAUCUUCCAGCAAGACAAUAACCCCUAGCACACUCCUGAAUUUAUUGGCCACAAAAUCAACAUUUUGCAAUGGCCAUCUCAGUCUCCAUUGAAAACCUGUGAUUUGAACUGAAGAGGGCAGUCCAUAAGCGCAGACAAAGGAUAUCAAGGAUCUGGAAGGAUUCUGUAUUGAGUCUAAGAUCCCUCCCAAUGUAUUCUCCAACUAAAACAUUGUAGAAAACAGGCUCAGUGCCGUUAUCCUCACAAGAUGAGGUAUUGAAAGGUAUUGAAAACAGGGGUGUCAAUCAUUUAGAUCCCUACCUUUUUUGAGAGAAAAAAAGUAUUACUUGUUAAACAAAAUCUCUUUCACUGAGAAAUUGUAUUAGUAUGAAAUAAUAGAAUUUCCCCCAAAAAAUGUAGCAUACAUUAUAGCUCAGGAUUUGAAGAACUUAUUUUAUACAGUCAUUUUUGCUCAUCUUUAUCAAGGGUGUCAAUAAUUUUGGACCCCGCUGUACAUCAUGUUUACUUCAAUCCAUGACCAAUCAACAUAUCUUUGGAGAAUGUUUGCUGUUUAAAUAACAGGGUCUUUAAAUAAUAAUAAAAAAAGAUACAGUACCAGUCAAAAGUUUGGACACACCUACUCAUUCCAGGGUUUUUCCUUAUUUUGUACUAUUUUCUACAUUCUACAUGAAAUAAUACAUAAUGUAGUAACCAAAACAGUGUUAAACAAAAAAGUAGCCACCCUUUGCCUUGAUGACAGCUUUGCACACUCUUGACAUUCUCUCAACCAGCUUCAUGAGGUAGUCACCUGGAAUGCAUUUCAAUUAACAGGUGUGCCUUGUUAAGUUAAUUUGUGGAAUUUCUUUCCUUCUUAAUGCGUUUGAGCCAAUCAGUUGUGUUAGUGACAAGGUAGGGGUGGUAUACAGAAGAUAGCCCGAUUUAGUAAAAGACCAAGUCCAUAUUAUGGCAAGAACAGCUCAAAUAAGCAAAGCGAAACGACAGUCUAUAAUUUCAAGAACUUUGAACGUUUUUUCUGGCUCUCAUGAGGACCGCCACUGGAAAGGAAGACCCAGAGUUACCUCUGCUGCAGAGGAUAAGUUCAUUAGAGUUAACUGCACCAUAGAUUGCAGCCCAAAUAAAUGCUUCACAGAGUUCAAGUAACAGACACAUCUCAACAUCAACUGUUCAGAGGAGACUGCGUGAAUCAGGCCUUCAUGGUCGAAUUGCUGCAAAGAAACCACUACUAAAGGACACCAAUAAGAAGAAGAGACUUGCUUGGGCCAAGGAACACGAGCAAUGGACAUUAGACCGGUGGAUAUCUGUCCUUUGGUCUGAGGAGUCCAAAUUGGAGAUUUUUGGUUCCAACCGCCGUGUCUUUGUGAGACGCAGAGUAGGUGAACAGAUUAUCUCUGCAUGUGUGGUUCCCACCGCGAAACAUGGAGGAGGAGGUGUGAUGGUGUGGGGGUGCUUUGCUGGUGACACUGUCCGUGAUUUAUUUAGAAUUCAAGGAACACUUAACCAGCAUGGCUACCACAGCAUUCUGCAGCGAUACACCAUCCCAUCUGGUUUGCGCUUAGUGGGACUAUCAUUUGUUUUUCAACUGGACAAUGACCCAAAAACACACCUCCAGGCUGUGUAAGGGCUAUUUGACCACAGAGAGUGAUGGAGUGCUGCAUCAGAUGACCUGGCCUCCGCAAUCACCGACCUCAACCCAAUUGAGAUGGUUUGGGAUGAGUUGGACCGCAGAGUGAAGGAAACGCAGCCAACAAGUGCUCAGCAUGUGGGAACUCCUUCAAGAAUAUUGGAAAAGCAUUCCAGGUGAAGCUGGUUGAGAGAAUGCCAAGAGUGUGUGAAGCUGUCAUCAAGGCAAAGGGUGGCUACUUUGAAGAAUCUCAAAUAUAAAAUAUAUUAUGAUUUGUUUAACACUUUUUUGGUUACUACAAGAUUCCAUGUGUUAUUUGAUAGUUUUGAUGUCUUCACUAUUAUUCUACAAUGUAGAAAAUAGUAAAAAUAAAGAAACCCUGGAAUGAGUAGGUGUGUCCAAAGUUUUGACUGGUACUCUAUAUAACAUUCAAGGGACUACAUUUUCUUAACAUUGCAGUUUUUUAUAGUUAGCUAUAUAAAAAAUAAAAUCUAGAUUUUCUCCUCUCAUGAUGAAUGCGACGUUGUUAUACAGAUUCAGUUCUGCCAUUUUCUUAACCCAUCUUAAUGUGCAAGGAAAAUGGAUAGUUUGACGAAGAGAUGCAAUCAACUGCAAUGGCUAUGCUGUCUUGUACUUCCUCAUAGAUUUAAUAAAAGGGGUUCUUUGCCUUCUGAGUCUUACACGGUACUCGUAAGGACAUAUCUACAUCAAGACAGUACAGCAUUGAUUUCCUGUGUCCCUUGAAUACAACAAAAUAUUCAGACAUUGUCUUUGUAAAGCCUGAACUUAUGUUACAGAGCAACUUGAUCUUUCCCCUUUUUAGGUACCUCGAGUGCCUUUCUUCCAACAGCAUAUUUUGUCUCUUGACUUGCACUGUGACUUGUAUUAUUACCUUACUACACAGACACACUGGUCUAUCUCUUGUCCUAUGUUAUCCACAUGUGAUUUUAUAUCCACCCACAAAACUCAAGAAUCUUCAGAAAAUAUAUGUAUCUGAAAUAUAGAGCACAAUUGAAUCCGCAUAAUGAAUAAAAUAGACUAAUACUUCGGGCUUUAAGUUAAGUAUGUGAAGUUUACUUUUUUUCAUUCUAUUGGAUAUGUUGUUUUUUACAAGUAGUCUGUAUAGCAGCUGCCUUAAAUGUAUUUUUUGUCCUUUUAAAGGUGAAUUCAAUUUAUUGUGGUUUCUUCAUAGAUGUACACCACUCAGUAGUUUGUUCAAAUGUCACAGGAACUGGUACGAUAUUUGUGAAGAAUUAUUCACAAACUCUUGAACAUGUGUGACUGUUAGAAUGUUUUUUUGUGAUGCACUUUUGGUUUAAUUCCCAGACUAAAAUAUGUGAUGUGAUGUGAUGUGAUGUGUGUGUGUGUGUGUGUGUGUGUGUGUGUGUGUGUGUGUGUGUGUGCGUGUGUAUAUAAUAUGAAAUAGAAAUCUGGGUUAUAUCUUCUUACCCUGAAUUUACCUCCCUAUUGUUGAGAUUCUACAGAGGCAUUUUGUGACAGUCUAGUCUCCUCAGCAUUAAAACUCAGUCAGGACAGUGCCAGUGAUCAUUAUUUGUCCUCUUUUUGUUCCCUCCUUGUGCAACGUUUUUCUUUUUCUUUUCUCACCCAUUCUUUUGUCUCUGUCUUGCCGUAAGUUUGAUAAUAUCAGGUCAUAUGAAUUGAGCCUUGGCCUGUGUGCGUUUGAACAAAUUAAACAGCACCCUGAUUGGAUAGACUUCUUGAAGGCCCAGUGCAGUCAAAAACGUGAUUUUUCCUGUGUUUUAUAUAUUUUUCCACAGUAUGAGGUUGGAAUAAUACUGUGGAAUUGUGAAAAUGAUAAUGCCAUUUUAGUGUAAGAGCUGUUUGAAAAGACAGUCUGAAACUUCAGCCUGUUUUGGUGGGAUGGAGUUUUGGCCUGCCUGGUGACAUUACAUUUACAUUUACGUCAUUUAGCAGACGCUCUUAUCCAGGGCGACUUACAAAUAGGCAUCACUAGGCGGUGAAGUUAAUAGACAAUAAGAGAGUUCCAAACCUCUGCCAAUAACAGCUAGUUUUCAGUUUCCCCCUCCCCACUCAGACCACUCCCAGACAGUCCUAGCAAAAUUAUUGCUUGAGAAAUUGCUCUUUGCUAAGAAGCUAUGUUUGUUUUCUAUUAAAAUGUUCAGAAAUAAAUAAUCACAGUAAGGUACUUAAUUGUUACCUAGAAAUGAUUUGACAUUGAGAACUGCUGCAUUGGACCUUUUUUUAAAGGGCCAAUCAGCAGUUGAAACAAUAACAAAGCGUUUCCCAGCCACUGUUUCAGUAAAAAGCUGGGGGAUGGGGCUGGAGAAAUGUAACCACUCUAAAAUUAAUAGACAGAGCUAUGGAUGCCAAGACUGACCAUCCAUGAUAUCAAAAUUGUAGUUUUAAUGUUUUGAGGCUUUAUAGUGUUUACAUUUACAUUGUUUACAAACAUUGGAGUAAAAACAAGUUUAUUUUGGGUUCUGAUGGGGAACAACAGUUGAACUAAGCUCAUGAGGCAUUUACUUUAUAAGUUAUAUUCUUCAAGAAUCAAUGGGUACAUAUCAUUAAUUUAUAACUCCAGAAAUGGAUGUAGCAACUUCUGAUCGCCCGUUUAAACCCCCUUAGCCUUCACAUCAGUCCAUCAGACAGCAUGCCUUCUUAUGCAAGUUUGUUUUAUACAAAUGUUUGUCAAACUUUUUUCUAAUGCUUUUUAUGUGAAAUUAGUCACUUCUUUUUCCAUUCUGGCAACACGAUGCCAUAACUAUAGUAUACAGUAGAUGGACAUCUCAGUAUAAGAAAAUUGAAGCUUUGCUUACAAAUAAACACCAUUUGAUGUGGCAUCUCUGGCAAUACUGUUAUAUUUACGCAAUAAGGCCCGAGGGGUUGUGGUAUAUGGUCAAUAUACCACGGCUAAGGACUGUUUUUUUACGCAUGACGCAACGCAGAGUGCCUGGAUACAGCCCUUAGCCGUGGUAUAUUGGCCAUAAACCAUAAACCCCUGAGGUGCCUUAUUGCUAUUAAAAAUGGUUACCAACGUAAUUAGAACAGUAAAAAAAUAAAUGUUUUGUCAUACCCGUGGCAUACAGUCUGAUAUACCACGGCUUUCAGACAAUCAGCAUUCAGGACUCACACAACCCGGUUUAGAAUUGGAAUUAUCUAAUGGCAGAGGAUUUUAACGCCAUGAACUGUGACGUUUCUGUACAAUUGGACCAUUAUUUGUAUUCAGUUUCUGCCUUCGCUAAUGCACCAUGCCUAAUGUUAUUGUUACUUUGGGACAGUGAGUGCAAAAUUAAGUGCAUUGUCCUGUACAUUUUUUUAAAUAAAAAAUAAUAAUUUAAAGUACUGAGCUCUAAAACCAAUAUACCAAAAGAAUAUAGCAAAUGUGCAUUUAUAUUUGGAAGUCUUUAUGCAUUUUAAUAAAUAUCAGCCUCAAAAACUGUUAAUUUCUGCUUCAGUACUGUGUGUAAGUUCACAGAUGUGAAGGAAAAAGCAUCCGAGACUCACUCAGGUGUAUGUUAUUGGGCUAGAGGGUUUUACAGUGAAAGUAGUAUAUUUUAUGCAUUACAAUGGCAUUUCCAGUUCAUUCCAGAGUGAAUCUAGAGUAGCUCACUUAUACAUUCUCACCAGUGCAUUAUAUUCUGUCAAUGGCUUUUUAAUAUAGUCUGGAUUUUUUGUUAUUAUGCUAUACCAAGUCAUGAUUGUGGCCUUCUAGUAUUGUUGAUGCAUUUCAUCAUCUAUAAUACUCAUAAUUCAUAUAUGUUGUGACUUCCCUUUUGUUGACACCUUGAGCGUCUUACCUCAUCCACUGUAAAUUCAAUUGGAGGAGUUUCUUCUUUAAGAGUGCAAAAAAGUAUCAUUAAAAAUCAAAAUAAACUACAUUUGGUGAAAGAUGAUGCAUUGUAGCGAUACGAAUUAAAGGUUCACCUGGUGUGCUGAAUUGUGUAAAUUGUUAAUUACACAACUGAAUAUUUGUAAAAUGUUUGUAUAUUUCAUAAUUUUAAAAGGAGUGUUUAUUUUUUGACUUCUCUUCUGUUACAGAUCUGUCUUUUGUUUGUUUGCCUGACAUUGUGAGUGAUCCGGUGUGUUUCUUACCUCCUGUAUUGAGCCUCUUCUGUGAUUUUAAUUAUUUGUAUGCAGUGUUUAGAAAUACUGUUGGGAAUAUGGGAAGCAGUUGAUAUUAGGAGCAUUUGAUCAAUUUGUAUUUAUUUAUUUUAUCAUUUUGUUAAUAAAUAGUCAAAAGCAACCUGCCUUGUCAUUUGAAGUGUGUUUAGGUUGGUGGGAGGGGGAGUAGUCAAUAUCAUAUUUUCUUCAGAAUUGCAUUUCUAUUUUGUUCUAUAAUUUAACUAUUUAGUUUAACUAAUUAGUUGUAUUGAACUUUAAUUUACUUUCACGCUUAAAUUAUGCAAUUGUCCAUGAGAACUGAUGAGGUCUGUUUUGAUUGUGUACCUUUUUCCAAUUAUUUCAGCCAUAAAUUGAUUUCAUCAAUAUUUUUUGAGGACAUAAUUGAGGACAGUUUCUCACUCUACCCUGCCUUAAUUUAAAACUUAAUUUACUUUUUGCGUGGAAUAAUUCCAUAGGUUAGUUUCUGAGCAUUCUGUCUCCAGGUUGUUUCUCUCGCGCCCACACAGCACCUCUUAGUAAUGCGCGUUGCACAGAAGGUGAAAAAUUGUUCACUCAUAUGUUUUUGUACUGCGUCUUUCAUCUCUGAACUCAAGUAGCUUUCUUCCGUUUUCCAUGUCAUUUCCUGUAAUAAAAAGAUGGUGGUCAAAGCCGAGAGAAUCGGCUGACUCAUAACAAUUAUUUCAAAUAGAUAAACUUUGCAUUGCCGUGGACUAGUGAAAUCAAAGAGUGGCUGUGCGUCAACGACGGGGAUCACAGAGUCUUGAGUGGGGGACGGUAGAUAAAGUGCUCAUCGCAGACCCUCCGAAGCCCUGCAGAUUCUAUAGAAGGUGAGUCUUAUUAUUAGCCAAUGUGGCCAAUGAAAAUGGCUUCCGAAAGCGUUAGGCAAAUUGCCAAAUGCCUGCAAUCGGGAAUCCAGGAAAUAUCUGGAAAUAGCGCAGCGCAGCGCACGACAUAGUAUGACUAUCACAGUAUGAUUACGCUGCUGUGCUUUUCGUUGUUAUUGUGUAGGAAUAGAAAACUUCGGCGAUCAAUGUACAUUUGUUUUUUAAGUAUCAUUAUUUGUAGACCCGUCUACUGACAAAGCUUGAGCCCCCUUUGAGAGCGGCAGUUUUGAUGACCAAUCAGCACUGUCGAUUCGCUGCCGCAAUAUUUUGGAAUUCGGGAUUUGUGGUUUCUCGCGGUCACUUCGAACGUUUGAUCUCCAAAGAUUGCUCCUUGGUUACAUUGUAACAUCUCCGAAUGCAAACCCUGCAUGAGACGUUAUAACGUAAACACAUGCUUGGUCUAUAAUUAUUAUUGCCUUUUGUGAGUGCAGCCUGCCUUAUGUAAAACUUUGAAAAUAACUUUUUUUGGGGGACAGAAUUAGCAGAGACUUUUUUGUGAAAAUAGUCAACAAGAUAUUUUCAUUAUUUUCAAAGGUGCCCUUUCUAUCUGUAACUGGUCAUAAUAACAGCCUACUUUGAGUUGAAAGCAGUGUUGUAGAUCACCUUGUUUUUCCGUGUUAUUUGCAGAUUAAUGAUGUGGGACUGAACUUGCACUCAGUAGGCCCACCCCCCUCCUUCCCUCCACAAUGGCAGCAUCAUCUGCCUAUCAAACCGAGCCUUCCUCAGAAGCCAGGCCCAACAGCAGCGCCAGGUAG